UUUCUUUAAGAGUUUUAGUAAAACUUUCUCCCAACCCCUCCCAGUCAUAUCCGUUUGUUUAGGCUUGGACAGUGCGAGUAUUUAGCAGUUCACUUAAGAGCUGUGCGAUCCUUCUAGGGGGCUGGGACAUGCUUUAGGUUACCCCCCACCCCUCUUGCUUCAUGAGGACAUGACUCUCCAUGUGGACCCUCAAUGGCUUUAGAAGGAGAUAUGUGGACUUUGGAUCCCCCCCUCUUCUGAUCUGUGUUCCUGGAUAGCUGCAUGAUGAAGGGUCCCCUGCAGGCUCUCACCCUGCUCUUGCUGGGGGCUGCCUGCUUGGCUAAGAAGCUAACGUUCCCUCUAAGCAUUUCUGCUGCCCAGGUGAGGAACGUCGUGCCAGCCACUCAGAAACCCCAGGUUGAGGGUGAUCCCAUGGGACUGUCUUUUGCCUCGGAUCCUGGCCAAAUCGACUUCUUGGCAAUGGUGGACAACUUAGAAGGGGACUCUGGCAGAGGAUAUUACCUGGAGCUUUUGAUAGGGACCCCUCCUCAGACGGUGAGUAGCAUGUCUAACAAUAAAGGGUACAAGCUGGAAGUGAGAGCCAGGAUUGGGAGUCACAUAGUAAAUACUCUAGGGGACAUUAUGGCUGUUAUGGUUAUCGUUAAAGAAGUUCUAGAGUGUCUAAUAAGCUUUCCCAGUGGUUGGUGACUGUUACUAUGAUUUGGUACUCUGGUAAUUACACCUAGGGGGUAAGCUGAUGUCAUGACACUUUAAUAUUUAUACUAAGGGGUGGGUGGAUGUCAGGUUCAGUUAAAAUAUUUGCCCUGGGAGGUGGGUAAAGUAUAGGGUUGAUUAAUGUUUACCCCAGGAUGUUAUUGGCAGUGUAAUAUUAUCUCCUGGGUGAUUUGAUGUCAUGCCAGUCAGUUGUCUCAUGAUGGGGCAGGUUGAUGGUCUGGGCAGGCGGACAGUUGCCGCAUUAUGGAGGGUUGAUGGCAUGGCCAAACAGGGAAUUGUAACAUGAUGGGGAGGUUUGAAGUGGGAAGUUGUCCCGGCCAGGCGGACUGUCGUCCCAGGAUAGAAUGGGUUGAUGGCUUAGCCAGGCGGACUGUCGCCCCAGGAUGGAAUGAGUUGAUGGCUUGGCCAGGCGGACUGUCGCCCCAGGAUGGAAUGAGUUGAUGGCUUGGCCAGGCGGACUAUCGCCCCAGGAUGGAAUGAGUUGAUGGCUUGGCCAGGCGGACUAUCGCCCCAGGAUGGAAUGAGUUGAUAGCUUGGCCAGGCGGACUAUCGCCCCAGGAUGGAAUGAGUUGAUGGCUUGGCCAGGCGGACUAUCGCCCCAGGAUGGAAUGAGUUGAUGGCUUGGCCAGGCAGACUGUCGCCCCAGAAUGCAACGGGUUGAUGGCUUGGCCAGGUGGACUGUUGCCCCAGGAUGGGGCAAGUUAGCAUGGAAGCAUAUAGAUUAUCUGUUGUAUCAAUGAUUAUAAAAAAUGCCCCAGGAUGAGGCAUCACUUGACUGGUCACCUGCAAGCUAAGUCCUCUCUCUAAGACCUGUUUGAGUGGUCAUGUGUGUGGAAAAUGCUCUGCAGUAGUAUAACUCAGAGUGGAUGCGUCUUUAAUUGUAAUAAUGCUGUUCAUUCAGAGGCUUCUGGUGAACCCAAGAGCAGGACCUCUGAGAGCAAAAGUAGAACAGCAGGACUUGGAAUUCAAAAUCAUGGCUCUCCUACAGAAGCAGGGACAGUUUGGAAGCAUGGGGAUUUUCCUAUUUGGCUACUUCAGACUAUGACUUGCAACUUUUAGUGACUAACACUGCCAAUCCCUAUCACAUGGUUAUUUCCAAUAAACCUUUUCACAAUGUAGAUAAACUGGUAUUUUUAUGAAACUUUUUCUUUGCAUCCAAGACAUAGAGGUGUUUUUUAUUUUUUAUUUUUAUUUUAUUUAUUUUUUUACAAACCUGAGUUAGUGUUGUGGGACGAUGUUUAUUCACUUUCGACCAGUUAUUAAAGUUGUCAAUUGUGGUUAUAAUUAGUAAAUAUAAAAAUUUCCAGGAAUCUCUCUGUGUGAGCGUAUAGAAUGCCACUGCAUUCUAUACGCUCAGGCCGUUGCAUGAGGAAAAAAAAAAAUAUAUAUAUAUAUAUAUAUAUUCAGUACACUGUUGAACAAAUAUCUGCACACCAGUCAAGCCAUACGACUUGCUUUUCCCACACAAAUCACAAAUUUGCAGUGAUGUUUCUACCGCAAAGGAUUCUGGGCAUGAUCUUCACAGUAAUAUAACUGCAGAUUUGAGAUUUCUGUGGGGAAAGCAAGUCAUAUGGCUUAACUGGUGUGCAGAUAUUUGUUUAACAUUGACCAUCCACAGACUUCAGGUGGAAUGGGGUUUUCAAUCACAAUUUUUCCCCACCAUAACAUUUUUGAGCUAGAUCUAUAUGUUUGUUUAAUAUAGACCGGCUGAAGCUGGUUGUGAGCUACCUCACAGGUUUUGGCCUCAGGGAAUGGAGGAAUGAUAAUCUUGCAUGCCUGCUUUGAUUUCUUAUCUGCUAAUCUGUGUCUUUUCACAUGCCUUUUUUUAUCAGGUGUUCCCUGUCUGUAAUCCUUGGCUUUACCUCUUGCACAAUCACUGAAUUGGCCUCCAGGGGUGACCUCUCACCUUGUGAAAAUAACUGUGAAAUGGCUCCUCCAUUUGAUUGCUAGGUUAGUUACCUGUAGAAUUAAAGUGAAUCUGUAGGCAAACAGGGAGAUAAGUGAUGUAUCUUCAAGCUAAACAAUGUUUCAGUGUGUGCGUUUACCUAGCUGCCAGCUUGUAGAACAAGUUUAAACUCUGGAGAAUUGUAUUUAUUAAACCGUGAAUGGAAAACAUGAACUGGGCAAAUCUCCAACUUGUUAGGUAUGUUAGCUAUCAUUUUAUGAAUACACAUAUAUUUUUUUUUUUUUACUUUGUAGUUUUUUUUGUUUAAAAAAAAAUACUCUUAUACGAAAACCCAAGGGCAGAGUACAGAAUAUUUGAUUGGGUCCUAACCUCAACAUCCGAGGAAAGGGAGUAAGGGGUGAUUAUUUCUGAUGACUUAAAGAUAGGCAGACAAUGUAAUAGAGCAGCAGGAAAAUGCUAGCAGAACGCUUGGUUGUAUAGGGAGAGGUAUUAGCAGUAGAAAGAGGGAAGUGCUCAUGCCAUUGUACAGAACACUGGUGAGACCUCACUUGGAGUAUUGUACGCAGUACUGGUGACCGUAUCUUCAGAAGGCUAUUGAUACCUUAGAGAUAAUUUAGAGAAGGGCUACUAAACUGGUUCAUGGAUUGCGGGAUAAAACUUAAAAGGAAAUGUUAAAGGAACUUAACAUGUAUAGCUUGGAGGAAAGACGAGACUAAGGGAUAUGAUAGAAACAUUUAAAUACAUAAAGGGAAUCAACACAGUAAAGGAGGAGACCAUAUUUAAAAGAAGAAAAACUACCACAACAAGAGGACAUAGUCUUAAAUUAGAGGGGCAAAGGUUUAAAAAGAUCAGGAAGUAUUACUUUACUGAGAGGGUAGUGGAUGCAUUGAAUAGCCUUCCAGCUGAAGUGGUAGAGGUUAAAGGUACAAUUUGCAUCCAGCGUGCAGAACGUCCAUAGAAAAGCAUUGAGAAAUGCAUUCCUGUGGACCGUUUGAAUGCGCGCACGGCUCUUGCCGCGCAUGCGCAUUCCACUCGGGAGCUGACAUCGGUGGGGAAGGAGAGGUCACUAGCACCAAGGGAGCCCGGUGCUGAAGUGCUUUUUAACCCCUUCAGCGCCAAGGGAGGGGGACCCUGAGGGUGGGGGGAUCCUAAGGAUGAUCUAUUGUCAGGAAAACGAGUUUUUUCCUGAAACUAUAGUGAUCCUUUAACACCGUAAAGGAGUUUAGGCACAAGACUUUCCUAGCUAUAAGAUAAGGCCAGAGACUAAUGAAAGUAUUUAUUUAGAAAACUGGGCAGACUAGAUGGGCCGAAUGGUUCUUAUCUGCCGUCACUUUCUAUGUUUAUAGCUCUGAGAUCUAUUGUGGUUGAAAGUAAUGGUGGAGGGUGGCCAUGAAAAUAAAGCCUUCCACAUUGUGAGUGCUUUAGGGUAAAUGUUCCAAAUCUAUUUUUGACCCAGGCUUUCUUCGAAAUUUCAAGGCACACCGUUGCGUUUUUUUUUUUGUUUUUUUUUUGUGUGUGUGUUUUUGUUUUCUUUUUCCAUCAGCAACUUAUAAAUAUUGGACUUCCGCACAAUUCUUUCAUCUGUGCUGAAUGAAUCAAAUAAAUGCCUGUCGAUCUAAUCGAUUUGUUUGUCCAUAGAUUGACAGGCAUUUGAAGAGUUUGGCUCAGCGGAGAGAGAUUUGUUCACAAAUCCUAAAAAGACAUAAAGAGAGAGACGCAUACUUCUAUCCAAAUCCACGUAUUCAUUUUACUUAAUUGCGGGCUAGGAAUCACAAGUUUAAUGCAGUCUGUAAAGUGUGCUUUUAACUCCUGACUUGUUCGUGGCGCACUUCGAGUUGGCUUGAGACGCAGCAGUAUACCACACACACUGGUUAAAUCCUCAGUUUAGGGAAUAGAAGAUGUUUGGUUAUGUAAUCCUAAAAUAAGUGAGGUCUAUGUUCUGCUGCAGAACGUCUUCCUCUCAAGGAUCGCUGUUGGAGUCUUUGAAUAAAUCCUUCCUCAAUAGAGUUGGUAUGACUUGCAAAGUUUAAUACAAGUGGCUAAUGGGGUAAUACUGUUCAUAAAUUGUAAUUCCUAUGGAUAGCAUACAAACCAUCUUCAUUAGUGUCCAAGGUUAAGAAUUUACCCAUAUUCUUGGAGGGGAAUGAAAGUGCAAGCACAUCUUGGCCAUGUGGGAAUUGCAAGGGAGAGCCUUCAGAAGGCCUGUGGCUUGUAUGAGUUGAUUAAUGGUUUGGUCAAGUUAGUCCUGUCAUGUUAUGCAUAGCUUUUGUUUUAUUUCCUGCGGGUGCAUUUAUAAACCAUGCAUGCUCAGUAAUUCACGGAAAAGGAGAAAGGGGGCCGUGUAGAAGAAGAAAAACAACUUGUGAAUUAUCACAUACAUUAGUAUAUUUCGUAAUGAUUCCAAAAUGUUGGCCUUGCAAUCUACGUAUUUUAAAAUUAAACAUGACCUUGAAAUCAGUUGUUUUGGUUAAUGCUUAAUUCUUGAUCUGUAUCUUGUUUAAGUCAAACUACUGGCAAUUAUAGGGAUAAAUAUAUAUUUAUGUAAAGUCUUUAUAGCUAACCAGGUUAUUGCCUUAAUCGGAAAUUGACUAGGGAACAACAAAUAUUGGUUCAAAAGAGCAGAAUUGGGAAAAUUCUACAAUUGUGUUUCCGACUGUUUGUUUCUUUUGACUGGCCCCUACUGUAAAGGAGUUUGUUUCAAGCAGUCUGUCAUAAGCCACCUCCUAUAGUCACCAGAAAAACUACAGCCUAAUGUGGUUGUUCUGGUGAGUAUUGUCAGUCCCUUCAGGCUUUUUGCUGUAAACACUGUUUUCAGAGAAUAGGAAGUGUUUACAUUACAGCCUAGGAAUACCUCCACUGGCCACUCCUCAGAUGGCUGCUAUAGGUGCUUUCUGGGGCAGUACUGCACACUAUGCAGUACUGACAUUCAGUGUCUCAUGCUCUACUCUGCAUUCACACCCUCUGUUUCAAGAUAUUUUGACUGCGCUUUCACAGCACAGAACUGAUUUAUCCAGUGUAAUCAUAUGCAUUAUCAUUGCAUUCAAACUUUCAUUAUAAUUGUUUCUUUAUUAACGCACGUUUUAAUUUGAAAACACAAACAUAUUGUAUUAUUUACAAUGGGAAUACAAAAUGCUAUCCUUUUGACACAAUUUCUUUAGUAAUUAAAUAAUUAAAGAUGCCAAAGGCAUUUCAUGGUUUUUAAACCUCUCCUAAUGUUUGUUGAUUAAUUUGCAGUGAAAUCUAUCAUUUGAAAUGUUUUAUGAUGUGUGUAGCUUUGCCAAGGCACUGCCUAGUUUGCCAUUAGAGCAGAGCUAAUUUGCAUUCUGUGCUGCAGGGCACAUUUUUUUUUUUUUUUCAGGAUAAGACAUGUCAUAAGAUUUCAAUAGAGCACGAUGUACCGACAGACAAGCUGAAUGUAUUGAAGCCAGUUCAGACAAUUUAUUCUACGAGUGUUACAUGAACACUGACAGCCUCAUGUAAGUUCCGUUUUAUGGAACUUCAUCCAGUCUUCGUAACGAUGACUUAAACAUACAGGCAGAGCAGUUAUGUCUUCAUUUACUGUGGGGUUAGCUGUCCACUGCCAUCCCCAUGAUUUAUUUAUUUUUAAUUCUGUUAAAGGAACACUAUAGUCAUCAGAACUGCAGCUUACUGUAUUUGUUCUGCUGAGUAUAAUCCAUCCCUUCAGGCUUUUUACAGUGAACACUGUAUUCAGAGAAAAGGCAGUGUUUACAUUACAGCCUAGGAACACAUCUAGUGGCCACUCCUCAGAUGGCUGCUAGAGGUACUCCUUGGGACUGUGCAGCCCUGACAUUCAUUGAGACGCUGAACUUUCCCUAUUGAGAUGCAUGUCAAUUCAUCAUUCUAAGGAGAUGCAGAUUGGCCAGGGUAGCAUUUAGCAUCGCCCCAACCUGCCUACUUGGUUGAGAUCAUCCUAUGGGAAAGCAUUGUGAUUGGUUGAGAUAACCACUUCUGAUGAUGUCAACCAAGGAGGCGGAUCAGGGACAGACCAGCGCUGCGCUUGAAAUACGGUAAGAUUUUUCUAUAUUUAAGGGGACAACACGUUUGUAUUACCGACCCUAUAGUGUUCCUUUAAGCCAUGUUAUGAUUUCUUUCUAAUGCUAUGGGUUCACUGUGUGCACACAAACAUUUUCUAUCUUUUCCAAUGACUUGUAGGGUGCAUGCACUUACCUUUAAUGUGAGAGCCUGUCCGAUCUCCUCAUAUGCUGUCAUUAGCAAGAUCGAUAAAAGCUUUAGGGAAUACAAACCGGUAUUUCUAACGCUGUAAUGUACCUGUCCCUUUAAAAACAUGUCAGCCCCCCUGUUUAAAAUAAUUAUAUUCUCUUUUUUUCUUUUAUUGAAUAAUUUUUUUUUCAGCACCAAGCCCCUCUGCUUGCCACCUGCAAUUCUGCUCAGAGAUGGUCCAAACCACUGCUCCUCAGCGGCAUGUUGGGGACACUAUGUGCAUGCGUGGCAAGCUUUCCCGUGGGAGCAUCCACUUCUCGUCAGUUUUACUUGUUCUGUGCUGUGGAAGCCCCUCUAAUGGCAGUCCAUAUCCCCUCCUUGAAUUUUACAGUGGGGGACAUUUAACAAAUAAUUGACAGACACAAAAGACCAUGCCCAAAUUAGCUUACAAUCUACAUAGUUACAUAGGCUGAGAAGAGACAUGUGUCCAUCAAGUUCAGCCUUCCUCACAUUUAUUUUUACUGUUGAUCCAAAAAAAGGCAAAAAAAAAUCCAGUUUGAUGCACUUCCAAUUUUGCAACAAACUAGGAAACAAAUUCCCUCUUGACCCCAGAAUGGCAGUUAGAUUUAUCCUUCGAUCAAUGAAUUGUCCAAAGACACAUUGUCACACCAUGCAGCAGUGUAACUGUGACUAAUCUUGAGUUUAUUGGUACAUGUAUUUUGCAUGCCUGAUUGAGAUUAGUGGUCCUUGCAUUGCACCGUUAAUAUCCCAUUGAUUUGGAAAAUAAAAGAUCAUGUUACAUGUGGGAAUAAUACACGUACCGCAGUAAAUACCUUUUUUAUAUCCGAGAAAUAUUACAUUCCAUGCAGCAAAAGAUCAGGAGAUCUGAACAGGCAUUUGACACGCGUGUGAGGACUUAACAAGGCCAACUUGUGAACCUGAACUAGUCACAAUAUGGUGACGUUUUUGAAGUGGGUGUGAAAUGUCGGAUGAUGUUAGUAUUUAUUUUAGAUCUUUGACUCUUUCUUUUGAAAUUUUUUGUGUGUCCAUAGAAUUCUUCUUUUAUCUGUCACGGGAUUCCUUGUGACUUCCCAGAAUCCCUCAGUGGUCUGUCAGCUGAUUGGUAGUUAAUAAAGAACUGUGUGUGAACCCUAAACCUCCCAGCAGGGAUCUAUGAUUAAUUAGCAAAGGGUAUGGAAAAUCUGCUUUCAAAAUCUGCAUCAUGUGAAUUGCUCUUUACAUCCGACUGACACCUGACAUUCUAAUAAUGGAUUAAUUUGCCAUUUUUGUGGUCUCUCUGUCUCUCUUUACACUCUCUCUCCCCUCCUCUCCCCUCUCCCCCCCUCUCCCUGUCUGUUUCUCUUCUCAAAGAGCUGUGUACAUUUGUAACUUGUUCUAGAUCUUGUAAGUCUGAAAAAAAAAUCUGUACUUUGUUAGUGAAGUCUAAAGAAAUACACGAUGACGCUUUUAUGUAAUUCACAGACUUGGCUGUAACAAAGUGUAAGGAUGUACAAAGCUCAUUAAUCUAACAGGGAAACAGACGGCACAUAUGUUAGUUUAUUCCUCCUUUACUAUCCAAUUUUAUUUUAGUUUUUAUCCUCCAGGGGCUCAGGUGUGGGCUUUAGCAAACAUUUGGCAGAGAUAUUAUGUAAUAUUACUUCAACAUACCUCCCAAGUGUCCCUUUUUAGGGCCCAAAUCCCUCUGUCCUUUUUAACAUAAUGUGGCUCUUUUCUAGGAGGGUAUGAGGGUAUAACAGAGCUUCACAGCAAUAAUAGUCCCCGCAAUGUGUCUAAACUACAAUAAAUGUGUUUAGAAAUCAGUCUGUGAAUGAUACAUUGUUGAUCUGUAGAAUGUUGGGCAGUAUGCUUCAAUGCUUAAAGGGACUAUAGCCACCCAAACCAAGGUCACAGUGUCCCUGUCAUUUAAGCCCUGCAGCUGCAAACAUUGCAGUUUACGAGAAGCUGCGAUGUUUAUGAUUAAUUUAUUCAUAUAGCACAGUCAGAUUCCUUAGCACUGUACAAUGGGAUUUACAUUGCAGGGUUAAGGCUGCCUCUAGUGGCUUUCUACUAGACAGCCACCUGCAGUUUCACAUGAUUUAAAGGAACAUUAUAGUCACCAGAACAACUAGAGAUAAGUGUCUUCAGCCUUUCCCUUUAGACUUUUUAAUGUAAUGUAAACAACGCCAUUUCAGAGACGGUAAAACUUUCUUUUCAUAGGGAGGAAAAGGGGUCAGUGACCUAAACAGUUAUAUUACCACUAUAAUGCCUGGAAUGUAUGUUUGUGUUGCUGACACUAUUGUGUUCCUUUUAACUCUAUGAAAUGAUGCAUGAUGUCCUCACACUUUGAAUGAGGACAUCUAACACAAAAAAGCUUUGAGUGAAUGCUUUCCUAUACAAAAGGCUUAAUGUGCAUGCUUUGACCACUACACACACACAUUUUGUUCCCCUUAUUGGCUGAAAGAGGAAGAGCCUGAUCCAGUGCUGAGGGACCUCCGCGCUGGAAUCAGUAAGUGACUAGAAGGGUUUUUAACUCUUUCAUGGUGGGGGGGGAGGGGAGAGCGGGGGCAGAAGAAGCAAGUGAAAACACUCAUUAGCCAAGGGUCUGAGAGUAGAUCUCCCAUCCAAGACCUGGCCACUUGGCUUAACUUAGGCAAAUGAAAUCACAGGUGUACCUUAAGUAAACUUUCCUUCCUGACAUAGAACCCUGAAUAGUGUGAUUUACACUUAUUUUAUAUGUCCAUAUGCUGGAUGUAUUGAAUAAUAAUCUCUCAUUUCACUGUAUAUAUGUAUGUGGCACUGUGUAAAUGGUCUGCUCUGAAGAUGUGAGCCUAGUUAAAAAGUCACUCUUCAAGUUCUAUCAGUUAUUCUGUACAUUCCAAAUGAAGACCGUAACAGGCUUUCUAGUUUGGUUUUAUGAUCAAAGAACUGUCACUUCAGAGUUAAUGGAAUAUCCUAAUGAAAGAUUUGCUGCUCUUAUUAUGCUAAAUGUGUGUUUUUUUUUUGUGUUUUUUGGUUCUUUAUUUAACAUUUUGGAUCUGUAUCAACUAAAAGGCUUUUCUGGCUUUUCCUGGCAUCCAAUGCAAAUCUUAACAUCCCACCAUUACCUGGACACCAAGGAAACCUAGAAAUGUGCACACAUUCUAUCUCCGAAAGAUGGUGGUAGUGAUUACUUGGAAGUGAAAUGAGUAGGAAAAGAGAACUAGAAGUGUGAUAAUGAAUAAUGGUGGAAGUUGAAGUAUAGGAGAGGUUUCUGUCUGCUGAGCAAAUGGCAGCUAGGAAACUGUAAAAACUUAUUCAUGGCAGUAGAUAGCGGUUACUGUGUCAUGCAGUCCCCAGGUGUCACCUGAAAUACCUGUUGAAGGUACUGAGACCAUAUUUGGCAUUGGGUUUGAAGACUAGAUAAACAACUACUUGUAGGAGUUCUAUCCUGUAGAACAGUGGUUCCCAACCCAGUCCUCAUGGCUCACCAACACACCCAGCUUUUUCAGUAUCUACAUUAGUAUAAAAAAAGAGAAAUGCAUAAAUCCUGUAUUGUUGACGGGUCAUGAGGACUUGUUUGGGAACCUCUGCUCUAGAUUUGAGCAGGGCCUUCAACACUCUCUGUUCCUGCACAUCCAGCUCAUCUUGUUACAAAUACAUGUCUGUUAGUCCAUCUAUAGUAUAGUGCUACAGAAUUUGGCACUUCAUAAAUCCAUUCAUGGUGAGUGGAAGGUUCACAAUAGGCCAAUGUGGGGGAGGGGGUGGAGUAGAGUUAUAGUGGCAAUCACUAAUCUGAGAAACCAUUGCAUGUGGCAAUGUAUAUGCAAGAUGGUUUAAAAAUAUAGCUGGGUAAAUGGUGGUGGGCAGUCUUUUUUGAGUAGAUAUUCUACCAAUAUGAUAACAUUACUGAGUAACACCAGAUCUGUCCAGCUGUGCCAACCAUAGUCCCGCAUUUAAAACGCAAGUCUUCUACAUUAGAGACAAAUGUUGUAGGAACCCACUGUGUUAGUAGUUUCAAUGCAGAUCCUUAAUUUGCUGUAGAAAUAGAACAAUGCAGAUUUAUUUUUCUCUGUGCUGGGUUGAGGGUAAGACUAAAGAUAAAACCAUAUACAGACAAUAAACACUUGGGAUACAGCUGAUGUGGUCCCAGCUGUAUCACAAGUAUUUUUUGUCUAUAUAUUUUUAUCUAUAUAAGAUCACCGCCUGGGAGGCGAUCUGUGGGAAGCUGUACAUAAUUUGAAGAUAAGUUAGUGGGGUUUUUUUUUUUUACAUUUUUUUUUCUUGCAUUCUAUCAGUGGUGCAGGUUGUAAACAUCUAUCAGUUCCUCAUUCCUUCACCUCAGUGAACAAUAUACCAGCAUUUACUGGGAAGAAUAAAAGUGUGUGUGUGUGUGUGUGUGUGUGUGUGUGUAUAUAUGUGUGUGUGUGUGUGUGUGUGUAUAUAUAUAUAUAUGUGUGUGUGUGUAUGCACCUUCCCCUGUGUUUUGGUGACAGCACUCUCUCACGAUGCCUCUGGCACAGGUGUUCACACUUAAACACCUACUGAAGAAAUUCUUUUUGCUCUGUAAAGGCUUGCCCUGUGUAUAAUAGUGCAUAUACUGUUCACAUUAGUCAGGGAUGUCAGGAUUGAGCAUACUUAACAGAUGGAUCAAUAAGUCACAUGUCUUUCUUUGUCUGAGAACUCUGGAAUGUGACUGAGUAUAAAGAGGGUUUUCAUACUUGUUCUUAUAUGUCCAGAGUUUAAGCUCAAAUGUGUGACGUUAUUACGGUCAUAUCUAUAUAGAAUAGUGGACAAAGGACCACAAGGCUUGUUGUCUCUGUUCUCUGACUUUAAAGAUUCCAUCUCCCUUCCCAAGUCCAGCAAUUAAUAUUUGUUGUUGAACAUCCAUUAUCCUGUAACAUCCUUUAAUUUAUUAUAUAUUAGUAAUUUGUAAGAAGAAUAAACCUAAAUAAGAUAUACAGAGCACUCUUAACCAGGAAACAACCCAGCAAAGAAGUACGGGAAAGGGUAACAGGGGUAAUAAAGGGCCUAACCCUAUAAUAUAUAAGCGAUAAAGAAAAAUACUCCUCUACCAAGAGAGGAGGCUAGUUCCAUCAAGACCAGUACCCCUUUUAGAGCAGUACAAAUAUAAAACUGCAGAAAAACUACAGAAAAAAAUAAUUUUAUUAGAGCUAAAAAAAUUUAGAAAAACUUAUCAAAACAUAUCUAAAUACAUAACACUGGACUGCUUAGCUUUAAACUGUAUGAAGCUAACUGUAGAAAAAGUGGAGUUAAUGUGCUCAUACAGAGUGCAACAUAGUUACAAUAAAUGUAAUGAAGUAUCCAAUACUAAUAAAGAGUAAUACAUUGAAAGAAUGUUGCAAAAGAGAUGGCAAAGCAGCAAUAGAUCCAAAAAAGAAAAAUUUGUAUAUAUGUAUAGCAGGGCACUUCCUGGUCUAUAGCAUGCUGCGUGAGGACCUCCUUGCUUAAAUCCCAAUAGGAAAGCCUUUUCAAUGCUUUCCUAGGGAGAGGUCUAGUGCGCAUGCGCAUUAGGUCUCCCCCGACGGUGGUUAUGACCCCUUCAGCAACCGGGGAUGGGAGGUGGGAGGGAGAGGGUACCUGCAGUGCCAGGAAAAAUUAUUUUCCUGGCACUGGAGUGUCCCUUUAAGAUAGUGGGGUAGCGCUUGGCAAAGAUGUUUGAAUUGUUGAGUUCCAUUAUCACGUGGUAGUUAGUUUAGUCAAGUGUGGAGGUGUUUGCAGUGAAUACUGAGUUUGUGACAUCCAUUGUGGACCGUACAACGAGCAUGGAACUACUUCUAAACGUUUACGUGGUUCCACUGUUUCUUUGGUGGAUAUUAUGAAUAUUAGGACUCACCAAUUCUGCUCAAUUUUGUGGGUAGAAUGAUAAAGGGAACAUUUUAAUGAAAGCAGGUUUAGAACCCCUGAAAUAAAUCUCUCUCUGUUCAGAACAAUAAUGUCAAGGGAAAAUGAAUAGGGAGGAAUUGCAACAUAUACUUGAUACAGGCCAACAUGUUCAUCUUCAGAAUGUCCACACGUCCCACCUCGGUUGUGUGGAAGAUCUUAUUUAUUUUUUUAGGUUUAUUAAGAGCUCCUGUAAAAUAGUCUUACAAUUAGUGGUGUUGACUUGUGUGAGCGGUAAGGUCUUGGCACCUUACCCCAAUGUAUUUAAUUUUAGAGGCUUACCAUUAGUAAGGGUAUGAUGAUUCUGAGCAGUGGGUAGGUUGAAGGCCAACAGUUUAAGGUUAUACUCGAUUGUAAACAACGCAGGUGUCUUCAUUUUUGUCAAGGCCAUGAAACGUCCUGCUUUCUGUUUACAUAAUAGUUUGAAUGCUGUCUUAUACUAGGAUUGUAGUAUGAGAGUCUGCAUUUCGUCUCUGUGAUAGCUCCUAGAUGCAUUCGUUUACAGUAUUGCAAAACUUUAGAGCUCUCCAAUGACGCAUUAGUAACUGUAACUUCAGAGCAUAUUAGACAAAUUAAUUUCUGUGCACCGAAACCCUGUAUGCUCCAAGCCUCCAAAUUGAUGUUACCUUGGACACAGGAGCUUUUGUUAAUCCUGUAGCUAACCAUAAUUUAGACACAGCCAAACCCUGCUAACUUUGCAAAUAUUUUGGGUGGAUAAUGAGAGAAUUUCCUCAUUACCAUGUUGGCAGCAGAAAGGAUAGUGUUCUAAUGCUGGGGAGACCUUAGGAUUUGCUGAACCAUCUAAAUGGUUUGACAAAAGCUGAAGCACAUGCACCCAUCGCAUUUUUAGAGCAUAAUCACUGCUGCUCUAACACUAGGCAAUAGAGCCAUUUCAUCCUUGCUGCUGAGCGCAACUAAUUUUUAAACCCAUUUAUUAUUGUUUAAAGACCCAUUACUGGGAGUAUUAUUGCUGUGGAGCUCCGUUAUACACUCAGACACAUUACUGGGAGUAUUAUUGCUGUGGAGCUCUGUUAUACACUCAGACACAUUACUGGGAGUAUUAUUGCUGUGGAGCUCUGUUAUACACUCAGACACAUCAACAAUAUGAAACUCCUGGGAAAGAGGGUCAUUUGGAUAGAAAAUAGGUACAGCACAAUUUGGGCUCAAUAUAGGGACUGUCCCUCCUAAAUAGGGACACUUGGGAGGUACGUGUUAGGGCAGUAUGAUUUUUGGAUGCAGCUGAAAAUCCAGUACUAUGCUCACUAAUGCAGCAAGCUAACCCAUUCUUCAGGAAAGUUAACUUUCUAAAGACUCAUUCUAAUAACUUCCUCCUUCCCAAAAAAACGUAAAAAAAAAUACAAUGACUUUCAUCUUUGGACUUUGCUAGCAACCUAAAGGUGACGUGUGCAUAACAGGACAGAUCUACAUCAUCAAUUUAGGGCCCUCUAUCUUAUAAUGAAAUGACAAGCGUCAAGCACCAAACACAAGGGCAAAGUUUUUCUUUUGAUUUUUAUUUGGACAUAGAAACUAUAUUUUAUACUAUGUUGUGUUUUCAGUUUCCAACUAUAAUUCUUUUUUAUUAUUAUUUUCAGAGAAUCUUGAGAAUGGAAAAACUGCUGAAAUAGCUUGCAUUUUUUUUGUUUUUAAUCUAGUAUUAGCCCAUUCCAGAAAGAACAUAGACCAUUUACAUAUCAGACUGAUCUACUCUAAAGAGCUGUCCAGAUCUGAAAUGUGGGUAGGUUCGCUGUACACAAGCAACCCUGGAUGAUCGUUUUGGGCUUGUUGACUGUUGCUGGCUGUUAUGUUUAGAAAUUGCCUUGGUUCUACAUUAGCUUGAAAAGUGUAAUCCAGAUGUGGACCCCUUGCUCACUCUGCCUAGAGCAGGGAUAGGCAACAUUUUGCACUCCAGAUGUUGUGGACUACAUCCCUCAUAAUGCUCUUACACCCAUAAUGCUGGCAAAGCAUCAUGGGAGGUGUAGUCCAAAACAUCUGGAGUGCCGAAGGUUGCCUAUUCCUGGCCUAGAGGGUUGUCAGCCACAUCUUAAUGUCAAGGUCAAAACAACCUAAAUGAUUUGCAUAGAAUUAGGAUUAGCUUGACACUGGAGUUGGUCAAACUACUUGAGUUGUCCAUUCUUGGUAUUGUCUUGUGCUUUGUUUUGAAGUUUGUAUUCUUUUUACUUCUAUCUAUACACUGAAUCUCUUCUAUUCACAUUCAUAAAAAAUCCACUUAAAUCGACACUAUCAUCAGCAAAACAACUUAAGCUGAAUGAAACCGUUUUGAUGUCCCUGCAGUCUCAUGGUUCAAUCUUCUGCCAUUUACGAGUUAUCACUUUUGCUUAUGUUGGGGUGUGUGUGUGACCGCAUUGCAUCUGGCUGUGCAGCAUGUGAUUGUCUGGCUUUGCUUUCAUUAAGAUUCUGGAGAGAAUCUGGAGCAUAUUGUUCGUGAUCGAGGCCCGGAAACGUCCUGUCAUAUCUUCACCUCCCUUUUAGUGUCUGAAUCAUUCAGUUUUUCCUUUGUGCUAAAGUCUCAGGUGUUUCUGUGCUAACCAAAUAGCCAAUACCCUCUGAAAAAGCCUUUUCCAAUAACCAGUCAGAGGUCGGAGUAGUGGAAAUACUUUAUUGCAACAGAGAGAGAAGCCGUGAAAAAAUGAUUCUGAUUUACAGAGCUUGAAAUUUAGAAUAUAUAUAAAUUAUCACUUACAAUUACACACAAAGGAAUGUGCGCUAACUCCUUCCUCCCCCCUUUAAUAUAAUACACAAGCCCUUUAUUAACGCUUAUCUAGCAAUAUACAAACCGCGAUAUGUGCCCAAUUAUAUGAGCAAUUUAAGCUGUUGAGCGAACACCUUUGUUUAUUAACCCUUCUAUUACCAGACCACAAACAUAUCCAAUAUAUCAGUUGGAUUUUACUGGUUUGCAUUUUAGCGCUACAUAACUAUACGGAUAUCUGCCGCAUCUGGAAAACUAGCAACGCCUCUGCCAUCAGGUCUUAAAACUCAUCUGAUUGCUGUUCAAGAUGCAUUGGCUUUAUUUACUCACAUUAUUUGUUCAAUGUUACACACCCUUUCUGCCGUCAGUUUGUGUAAAGGUGAGAACAAUAUGUCUUAAUGACACGUUGGAUCUUUUGCAUUUCUUUUGUUGUAUCUUGUUGUCUCCUGACAAAAAUGUAUGUCAUGUCUUUGUUUGUUGCGCUACCUUGUUUGAAUAUGAGCAAAGUGCCCCAUAUAAAUAAAAUGAUCAAUUUCUUUGGCAUUAAAUAAAUCUUAACAUUCCACGUUCUAUCACAGCCUGCUGUUCUGUUCUGUUUUGAUAUUGUUUCUCCGGAGAUCUAACUAACCAGAACAAGAUGAGAUACUCGAUGUGGAAAUCUUGUUUUUCUGAGUAUUCCGAUGGAUAAAUACAGAUGGCGCUGUCUCUAGUGGAGAAGUAAUGCAUGAUAACUUACCCUGCCAGCUCCUUUCAAAAAAACAUAUGCUUAAACAGAUGAAAUACUUUACAAAAAAAAUGUGAUUUAACAAAAUGAGCACCAGUAAUAACAUGUAAUAAUUGCAUGCAAGCCCAACUGAGCGAGGCCAGAAAAGAUUUAGUGUGCGGUGGCUGCAAGCCGCUUGUAGCAGAUGGGCUUGUAAUGUAAUUAGGAAUCUUUGUGUUAAAUGAGGCAUUAGUUAAAUUCGCUGCUAAUUUUCCCAUCUAUUAACCUGCUGAAAAAUAUAGCGGAAGACUUGUCUGGAGUGAUUUUUCCCGAACUUGAGAAGCAGAGAAAUGUAUAUGGGGUUUGUUUGUUUGUUUGUUUGUUUUGUUGUUUUUUUUUUUGUAGAUUUAGUAAAAUUGGAUAUUUGUUUCUAUAAUUCACAUUUGUUUUCAUUCUAUUCUUGAGUUUUAUUUAUAUAUAUAUAUAUAUAUAUAUAUAUAUAUAUAUAUAUAUAUAUAUAUAUAUAUAUAUAUAUAUAUAUAUAUAUAUAUAUAUAUAUAUACACACACACACAUAUUUUUAGGUUAGAUUUGUGCUUUUCAAACUUAUGUUUCAUUUCCGAUGAGUUUGCAUAAGUGCAGCGAUUGAUUGUUUGCUUUCCAACGAUUGGAUUCACCUCUUUUGUAGACUAUGUUCUAAUCCUGUAAGUUACCUAACCAUUUGUAACCAUACAUAGUUCAAUAGAGGAGCCAGGACUGACUGAGAAGCCUUAGCAGCUUCUCUGUUCCAGGAGGUAUACAGCCAGUAAGGUAUAUUCAAUCUGUGCCUUUUUUUUAUUUUUAUUUUUUUUAUUCUCACUUAUCUAGAAAUUACAUUAACGGAAAUGCUAAAAUCCUGUUUAAUGUGUGUGUGAACCUUUUUUUAUUUUUUAUUUUACGUUCAUAUUAAAGGAUCACUAUGGUGUCAGGAAAACAAAGCGGUUUUCAGGGUCCCUCUCCCAUGGCGCUGAAGGGGUUAAAACCCCUUCAGCAGCUUACCUUAUUCCAGCGCCGGGCUCCCUUGGCGCUGGUGACCUUUCCUCCCCGGCCGACGUCAGCUCCCCGAAUGUGCAUGUGCGGCAAGUGCUGCGUGCGCAUUCAAAGUGUCCAUAGGAAAGCGUUUCUCAAUGCUUUCCUAUGGACUCUCUGCGCGAUGGAGGCAUAAAAUGCAGUUUCUCUGAACUGAAGUGGUCUGGGUGAUUAUAGUGUCCCUUUAAGUUAAUUCCCGGCACAGCCAGGGUACACAUUGUUUAAUUUCUCUGUAUGCUAUCUCUAUGGUGACUGCCAGGUAUAAAUAAAAGGAACCCAAUUGCUGGAUAAACAGAUGUAGAUUUCUACAGUUACAUUUUUUCCCAUACCUCACAACUACAUGUUUAUAAAAUAUAGGGGAUAAAUCAUAUACUUUUAGAAUCAUGAGAAGUGACCGUUCCUAUUGGAUACAUUAUCUCGUCAUUCUCUGCGCAAUGCAUGAAAAGCUAGAGAGAUGAAACCUUAUUCAACUCGAUUUUAUCUUAAGGGAGCGAGUAUGGUUUUCAGUCACUGUUUAGUGAAUAUUUCCCUGUCUGAGUCUUUGACAUCCUCCGCACUAACGUAAAAUGGUGGGCUGCGUGUUUAUUUUUUAAAACUUUCUAAUUACCUAACAAGGUUAUUUACAAAUAGGUAAUUUGCCAGGAAUUCAAAGUAAAUUUAAAAAGUGAAAAUAGCUGAAUUGGAUACAUUUCUGUUUUCAGUUUGUCUUUUUUGGUGUUAAAGGGAAACUUUGCUGUCCAAAUUUAAAAAAACAAAAAAAAAACAAAUACAAAUUCCCCUUCCCCCCCCCCCCCCAGGGAAAACAUCCGUUUAUUAUUCUUUUUUAAUUGGGUGUUUGGAAAAAAAUGCUUGCAAAAGCUACAGAUCUUUAUUUGAAGCCUUUGGGCUAGGUUAUCUCCACUGAGCUAACCAAACCACGAAGUAACAGGAGGUAAUAAAAGUGGUAAUUUCUAUUGAAAUUUUCACUUUUUGUAAAAGCGAAAAAAAAGAGGACACGUUCUUCCAGCAAGUUUGAGUGUCCCUUUAAAAAUGAACUUUGAUUUUCUGACCAUUCUUACUUGAUUGCAUAACGCUGCCAGUUGUUGAUAUACAUUUUAUAAAUGUUUUAGUCAUUCCAAUAAUCCACUGCUCAAAGAAUCCCCGUAACAGCCUGAAUUUCCUCUAAACUGGACUAUACUGCAAAGCUCUUUUUAAAAAGAGGAACUAUCAACAUCAUGUUGGUGAUGUGUAAUUGGGAUGGGAGGACCCAGGCCAAUGCAGGGAGCAAGUCAGUUUUGCUUGUAAAACUGUCUGUGAGUUCAAAGAGUGACAUGUGGCUAUUAAAGUAUGACCAUAUUAUGAGGUGUGCAUUGAGCAACUGUGAAUGCUGUUUAGAUAGCUCCCACAAGGCAGAAUCCAACAUGGCUGAAAAAUGUAUGCUUCGUCUUUGUUGAACUAUUCAACAGAAUUUCCUUCCCACUGCUUUGCUAUAAAGCAAAGAAUGCAUUGAUCAGACUCCAUACUGCAUGCCGUCCUCUCAUACAAUUCCCAUGUCCUGACUAGACCGUCCGUCUAUUAACACACAGACACAUUAUACCCGUAACAAUGCCACCAGUGACUUGCCACCCCGCAUCGCAGUAGACUUGCAUGCAUUGUUUACAUACAAAUGUAUAAACUGUUUUCUUCAGACUGUUAAAGGGCAUUCUACAAGCACACAGAGAAUUCCAAGAAUACAUUUAAAAAAAAUAAAAUAAAAACCUGCCCUAAAAAAUAAUCAGUUGCAAGUUAGCUCCACUAUAUUGAAUACCAUUUGUGGAAGGUAAUAGACGUCUGCUUUGCAAACGGAGUUGAACAGAUCCUGUUUUUCAACAUUUACUACAUAUUAACUUUUUUUGUUUGUUUUGUUUUUUCUCCCUAGUUUGUGCUGUAUAAGUGCUUUUGAAAAUGUGCCAAAUCCAUUUUAAAUUGUAGUUCUUUCCAUGUGUUUAUAAUAUGUCUGAUCUGGGGGGGAGGGGAAUACAUCUUGUCGGAAGAGUUAUUUUAGACCAGCUAUUUGACUUUUUAAUAGCUUGAUGCAGUUCAAGAUCUUUUCACGUAUUAAUAAUGUGCAGAGCUGGGUUAGCGACAUUUAUCCAGUUUUCUGAAACAAAACACUAAUUGUAUUUUAUUCCUUUUUUUAUAUAUAGUUGAAUAUAUUGGUGGAUACUGGAAGCAGUAAUUUUGCGGUUGCUGGCUCGCCAAAUCCAGAUAUAACAACGUUCUUCAAUUCUUCACGGUUGGUAAAUGUUUCAUGUGGAUAAAGAACAUGUAUAUACUGUUUAAUUGUCUUUUUUCUUUUUGUGUAAAAAAACUUUAUGUGGUGGUACAUUUUUUUUUUGUAAUGUUUUAUCGGAUUAUCUUGGGGACAUAUAGCAGGAAGUAACCGACCAAUCAACAGAAAUCGACCGGUGCAAUGUUAAUCAGAGUUCCUGCUGAAACAAUUGACAAUUGAUUGUUGACAAUCUAGCAGAAAAUGUACCUCAACUUAAUUAUCUAGAUUGUAAGUUCACAUGGGAAUAAGGCCCUCAAAGGGACACUCCAGGCACUUUAACAACAUAAUCUUAUUGAAGUUGCUAUGGUUCCAGUAGUCCUACUACCAAAACCCAAUAUUAAAGUAAAUUGAAGGCUUGGAAGCCCAGGUCACAUAGGUCCAAGAACUAUUAAUUUACUGGCCCCAUUAACUAUCCCUAAGUGAAGAAUGAAGUGGGAGGUCUAAACUGGUUAUUUGUUAAGGCCUUGUGGGAUCUGAAUCCUUCUCUGCCUAUAACACAUCUCCUCACCCACUGCUGGUCCAAAUAUUGCAAUAUUGCUGGUCACCCACUGCUAGUCUCAAUAUUGCAUACUUACUGACUCACUGCACAGUUUGUACAGCUGUAUAUCUGGUUGUUUUGUGACAGAUUUAUGCCUCUUAGUCCAGAUAUGAUGAAUAAGAUCCAGGAAGAGUGAAACUGUGUCCCUGUAUAUCUAUCUAUACUAAAGUAUAACAUUAAAGGAACACUAUUGGAUGAGAAACACAAGCCUGUAUUCCUGACCCUAUAGUGUUAAAACCACUAUCUAGCCCCUGAUGGCCCCCCCAUUACUUCCCUUAAUAUAGUACAAAUCUUACUUGUAUUCCAGCCUGUUGUUGCUGGCUCUGCCCCGAUCUACCUACUUGGCUGACAUUAACAGAAGUAAAUCUCUCAGCCAAUCACAAUGCUUACACAUAGUAAAGCAUCGGAUUGGCUGAGACUGUCAAGGAGGCAGAUCAGGGGAGGAGCCAGCACAAGCCUAAUACAACACAGGCCAAUACGCACCUCCUCAUAGAGAUGCAUUGAAUCAGUCUCUGAAGAAAGUUCAGUGUCUCCAUGCAGAGGGUGGAGACACUGAAUGCCUGUAUCUAUGUGCAGCACUGCCCCAGGAAGCACCUCUAGUAGCCAUCACAAGGCUAUAAUGUAAACACUACCUUGUCUCUGAAAAACAGUGUUUACUGUAAAAAGCCUGAAGGGAAUUAUUCUACUCACCAGAACAAAUACAAUAAGCUGUAUUUGUCCCAAUGAUUUUAGUGUCCCUUUAAUACGAAAUAAGUAAAAAUAUGUAUUUCUAAGUUUUAAAAAGAAAAACUGUUAUCAGUUUGCUCUCUUUCCUUUAUCUUAGAAUCUAAAAGUUGUUAUUGAGAUAGUGGAGAAUGUGAUAUUGUGGGUAUACUGUUGAUACAGAGUGUAAUUAAAAACAUAGCCCGCAUUCGCCCCUUUCUUACACAAGAUGCUACCAAGGAGCUUGUCCAUGCUCUAGUAAUCUCUCACAUAGGUUAUUGUAACUCUCUCCUAAUUGGUCUUCCCACAAGUCGUAUUGCCCCACUACAGUCUGUAAUGAAUGCUGCAGCCAGACUGAUUUUCCUCUCCUGUUGCUCCUCUCACACCUCUACCCUUUGUCAGUCCUUACAUUGGCUUCCUGUAUCCUAUAGGAGUCCAUUCAAGGUACUAAUCCACACCUAUAAAGCACUGACCAAUUUCUUCAAUGAUCCGCAGGUAUGCCCCUUCUCGGUCUCUCCGCUCUGCCUGUGACCACCUCCUGUCCGCUGCUCGCACCCUUACAGCCAACUCACGCUUGCAGGCCUUCUCGCGGGCGGCUCCUUUCCUAUGGAAUAGCCUUCCUACGAUCAUCAAGAUCUGCCCAAGUCUUUAAUAAUUUAAAAAGUGCCUUAAAUGCCCAUCUCUUUAGGAAAGCUUAUGGCCUCCCAGAGUAACCUCUACCUCACAUACCUGUCUCUUGCUCUCUCCUAAAGGGCAGCACUCUAUUCUCUAUUCCAGCUCUGCUUCACUCCCACCUUAUUUGAUUGCUAUUUCCUGUCCUGUUGGACACCCCCUUUAGACUGUAAGCUUGUUUGAGCAGGGCCCUCUUCAACGUAUUGUUCCUGUAAGCUUUUGUAAUUGUCUCAUUUAUUGUUAAAUCUCCCCCUCUGAUAAUAUUGUAAUAUGCUGGCGCUAUAUAAAUAGCAAUAAUAAUAAUAUGAAACCUACUCACACAACUUUACAAUCAUGAUUUUCAGCCCCUUGGACUGCAUUGGAUGCAGGACACUAAUUUUCACUAGUUUUUACAAUAAAAAUACAUAAAUCCACCUUACACAUGUCCUGACAUGAUUUUGCCUGUUUUUGCGCUGUGUGCAAAGAUGGGUGCUUACUGAAUAUAUGUAUAUGCUUGUGCAGUAAGCUGACUUUCCUCUGGCGCCAUUUUUCAGCAGAAGAACUGUUAUGUUCUUCAGAAUAAGAUUUUUGCUGGGGGAUAAGAAAUGGCAUUAUUGUAAUAUGAUCGAACAAUGCUACUCAGCAGGUAAAGAUGUUAACUCCUCUAGAAUGUAAGCUAAUUGAGCAGGACCCUCAACCCCUCUGUUCUUGUGCGUCCAUGUGUCUGGUUACAAUUAGGUGUCUGUUAGUCCAACCAUUGUACAGCGUUACGGAAUUUGCUGGCGCUAUAUAAAUAAUAAUAAUAAGUAGACUAACAGAGAGGCUUAGAUGGUAUCAUCUCUAGUGGUGGAAGAUGUUCCUUUAUGGUUAGAGGUGGAAUGUGUUCUCACAUGGCUAAAGGGUUACUCCAUCCACCAUGACCAUGUCUGCUUUUAGAAGACAUUAUGCAAGUGCUCAAAAUGGGUGCCUCCUAGAAGACCUGCACCUGUAGACGGGUGUGUUUUUACACUUGCCUUACGCAUUUCAAACAUCUUGUGAUAAGCGUGAAAAAAACAUGCAGUUAGGAUUUAUUUUUACACUUCAUCAAGUGAAUUAUAAUAAUUGGUUAUCCAUUCCUCUAAAGCCUCUGCAAAGAGGCCAGUUUUUUUUUUUUGUUUUUUUGCAACACAUUACCUCUCCACAUUGCAGGGCAUAAAACCAGUCUUUCAGGAGAGCACAGGUAGUGGAACAUGUGACACAGUAUGGUGGGGGAUAUUUAAUCAAGUUAAGAAGAGUGAUGGAAAGAAAAGACUCCAUACUAUGGUUCCAUGGUAAUUGCUCCACUUUUAAUAUUCUGCAUAUUGUGGUUUUUUUUUAUUCUUGUUUGGUUUUUUUUGUGCUCUUAUAGGCAAGACAUAUAAAAUGUUGCCCAUUUUCCGAGUGAGGUGUUUGUUGUCUCUGGUACUGUUGGGAGGUAUGCUGAAACGUUCACAAAUUAUUCAUGCAGAUCCUUCCAUGCAAGGAAGGUAACUGAACAUAUGUCCAGCAACACAUCGCAUGUGUAAAAGAAUAAAAAGAAAUGCUGUAUUGAAGGCGUCCUCAGCACAAGUGAUCUGAGAGACUGUGUUUUGCCCAAACUUUGCACCUUUCCCAAGUACGGUCACCCAAUGUAAAAUUCACAUGGUCCCAAUGUAUGAAGUUGCCCUUAUUGCUGCUGGAGUCCUAAAUGUAUCACUAUGAUUAAAUAACUGCACCAUAAUUUCACAAGUCCCACGUUCUUUAAGGCAGAACUUUCAAGUAUUGCCCAACACAAUGCAGAGUACAAUAUGGCCAUCUUUAUGUAGAGCAAAAAUUCUUUUUUUUUCAGAUCCUCAGAGCAUUCUUUGCCAUGAGGUGCCAUGUUGAACUUCCAGUGACCGGUAUGAGAGUGUGAGAGCGAUAACCCCAAAUUUAACACACCUGCUCCCCAUUCACACCUGAGAUCUUGUAACACUAAUGAGUCACAUGACACCAGGGAGGCAAUAUGGCUAAUUGGGCCCAACUUGGACAUUUCCACUUAGGGGUGUACUCACUUUUGUUGCCAACGGUUUAGACAUUAAUGGCUGUGUGCUGUUAUUUUAAGGGGACCGCAAAUUGACACUAUUAUACAGGCUGUACACUACUUUACAUUGUAGCAGAGUGUCAUUUCUUCAGUGUUGUCACAUGAAAAGAUAUAUCAAAAUAUUUACAAAAAUGUUAGGAGUGUACUCACUUUUGUGAGAUACUGUAUGUGGCAAUCUGUCAACCCUAUUCUCAAGCCUAACUGAUGGUGUGAUCAAUCUGUAUUUAAAAAUGUUGUUUAAAAAUACCAAACAAAAAAAAACUAUUUUUUUACAUUUUGUUUAAUAGUCUUCCUUACUAGGUUGCACCUCCUCUGAGCAGAUGACAUACCCUACUCUUGAAGCCAUUACUAUGCCUACUAAACCUACAAACAUACUGAAUACAAGAUUAUUACAUCACAUUUUAACUGACAUUCUCUUAACACCAGUAUUGGUUACUCUAUAAUUAGAGAUUUCCUUUAGCUCUUUGAUACCUUUUUGUAGUUUUGACCCAAAGUAAAAGAAAAUCCUUUACUACUUCUCUAAUCACCUGGCUUUAAGUUGCAUCUUUGGCUCCUGGUCAAAAAAGAUCUGGGAAUUUUUGUAAGAGCUAUGCCAUUGUUUACAUUAACAAAGUUUAUCCAAAAUGUGUAAUCUGAUCAAAAUGGGGAGGAAAAUUAAACUGGGCAGCUCAGAAAAUUGUACAUGUAUAGUAUAUGACGUCAUCUUCCGGCUCCCAGCCUCACUCUGGGGCGCGCGAGGGAGCUGAGCAGUCAGCUCAGAGGAAGAGCUCCCUCGCCAGCCGCCCACCCGGCAUGUCAGUUAGCCGCAAGGCUAACUAGGCAUUUGCCCUGGGCAUUUGGGGGCGGCAUUUUUUGCCGCCCCCAGAAAAAUGCUGCCCAAGGCAAAUGCCUUGUUUAAUACGGCUAAUACGCCCCUGGGAAGCUGCUCUAGCAGCCAUCUAAGGAGUGGCCAGUGAAGUUAUCACUAGGCUGAAAUAUAAACACUGCAUUUUCUCUGAAAGACUGUGUUUACAGAGAAGUCUGAAGGGUAUAAUUCUACUCACCAGAACAAAUUCAACAAUAAGCUGUAGCCAGUGUUCCUAUAAGCACUGUUCGUUUAUGAGUAGAAACUUCAAAUACACCAAAGAGUAACUUACGUUGUAUCAAAAGGAUGAAAUAUAGAUACAUAGUUUGUGAAAUAGAUAACGGAUGGCGCGUGCAUAUGCCAGUUAACUAUAAAGGAGAGUAUGGCUAAAUAAGCAUAGAACACCCUUUGUAAAUAGUUAACCUGAAAUCUUUAAGGCAUAUGUGAUUUGGAGGGUAGAGACAAAAAAUGUCCAUCACUACGUGUUUUAUGCAAGACCUCUUGGUAUGGUAUGGGUAGUACAAUAGCUGUACAGUGGUCACUGAAGUCAUAAGGUUGUUGACCAAAAUAAAAAAUAUAUAUGUAUACAUUUCAUUCACAGUAGGUUUAACAGUAAAAAAAAAAAAUAUUGAGUCUCAGGAAGAAUGUCUAAAGUGAUAGAAGAAUGAUCUAACCACAUAAUGAGACCAAUUAUGGUGGCAAUAAUCUUAUCUAGGGUAGCCUUCUUAAUGGUGUGUGUGUGUGUGUGUGUGUGUUUGUAGAUAUUUUAUUAAUUUACAUGGGUAUGGAAGAAAUAUUACUUUUCAGAAGAAUGUAUCACGUUCCAUGCAUCGUAAACAUUAGAAGAGACACUGUUCGAGUGACUUUUAUAGCUGUUCCUCUUCUGUUAAUGUAAGGUCUACAUAAGGCAUAGAAUCCAAUUAAAUUAACAAAUAAAUAAAAUAGCUGGCAUCUCCACUAAUACAAUUCCAAGCUAAUCUAUUUUGACCUUCUUUAUAAAGAUAGUCUGAAAGGGGAGUUGCUCUGCAGAAGGGCUACAUAACAUAAAAAACAGACUAAAGAUGAUGUAAAAGAAGAAAAUAUAAAUAUCGAUCCAUCGUAACAAUAUUGGUAAAGUACUGUACAGGCAGAAUGCCCUUCUCUAGUUCAACGUAUUCUCUUUUGAGGGUAAUGGGAGACUAUAUAUUAGUAACGGAGUAGAAUGAGCCUUUCCCAAUGGCCCUAUAUAGUAGACUCAGGGACAGCCUACAGCUGUUUUUAGUUUGAUAUAGAAAUAAACCAAUAUUGUAAGUAGCAUACUGGCCACUGAUAAAGCUUACAGACAUAUUGAUAUUGUUCUAGCCAGGUAAUAUAGCUUAUAAAAAAAAAAAAAAAAAAAAAUUGUACAUCUUGGUAAUAAAACAGUUAAAAUAAUGGUCCAGAAAAACCUAAGAUACUAUUAAUCUGUCUCUGAGUAAAGCGUUCAUAUCCCAAUGUCAAGUAAGGAGUGCCCCAACAUAAAUGCAUUAAUAGAGGUCUUUAUUAGAUUAAGUUGUUUGGGUCUUGAAAAUUUACCUAUUGCCAAUGGUUUUAAACUGUUUUGGGAAGACAAUGAGCAUAUUUUGCAGUCAUUCUGUUUAGAUAAUGUUAUGCUGCACUAUUAAAGCAAGGGUUCUUCUUGCAAUAAAGAAACUUAACCCUUUAUGGACACAUGACGGAAAUAUUUUGUCAUGAUUCCCUUUUAUUUCAGAAGCUGUGUCCUUAAGGGGUAAAAAAAAAGCAAGGAUUUUCCCGUCACAUUGUUAUAAAGGAUGAUUUCUGUUCGAAAACCCCAACUAAAUUAGCAUUGCGCGGGGUCCAUGUUAUUAAGGUACUGAAUUGUUGUGGAUUGGAUUUAGGCCUUUGUGUGGAUGGCUUAUUGCUGACCUGGACACUUACCUAGUUUUAUAUUAUCAUUUUUUUUUUUUUUAUUAUAGCAACACACACACACAGUGCUGCACGUCUUGCUGUUUGAUCUGAGUAACAACCCUAGCCCUAUAAAUGUGCUUUUUGUUUUUUCGUUUUCCCAUAUUAAAAUACCACCCUCCUCAAUUUAAAUAUUGGGGUACAUUGUGCUGCCUUUUACCAGCACCUCUCCUGUGAUGAGGCGUAAGAUAAAGCGGGUAGAAUUGCUUUUGUUUACGCUCUAUUUCCCGUAAUAUGAAUCCUGCUUCCCCCACCUGCCACAAUGGGUUUAAUAUAUGCCCUAACUUUGUGAUAUAUUUUGCUCAUCACAACUUCUUCUGUCUUCUAAGACAGAGUAAGAUUAAAUAAAUAUUUACAAUAAAAAAAUAAAAACACCCAUGUGAAUAGAAAAGUUAGGUGGGAAAUUUUGUUGCCAACCAAUGAGGUGCUACAUCGCACCCUUAAAUAACUUCCCCCUGUGAUUCCCUGCAGGUGGAGCUCAGCUGAACUCAGGGAGGUGAGACGGUGAAUAAUCUGUAAUGUACUGGACUGGCUGCCUAAGAGUGAUGGGAUUGUUAUUCCUGCCAGCACGUUCAGUUAAUGCCAGAUUUGUGUAGAAAUUGUGUUGCUUUUUCAAAAUGAGUGCAGAAUAUCGGCACCAGUUAUUGACAAACUGGCCAGAAAGACAAGAUAAUUGGUAUUGGUACCGGCUCAGGAAAAAUAAUAUUGGUCGAUCCCUAGUGUGUAUGUGUCUAGAUAGAUUCUCAAAUCUCUUUACUUGCUGACUAAGCCUAGCAAGAAAUGUGGAGUUCUUGUCAUUUUUUGGGCAGAAAGCAGACGAGCAGAUAUCUCUGCCCUAACUCUGGAGCCAUUCAAUGUUUAAUCAGUUUAGUUUAUCUCUGAUUUCAAUUAGGAUGUAUUUGGGUUUUUUUUGUUUGCGUUUUAUAGUUUCACUUUUUUGUGACAGAGCUGAAAUGUAACAUAGUAUAGUUUAUUUAUUCCAUCGGCUGUGAAUAAGGCGCUGCCUUGGGUACUUACUUUGUACUCUGCUCACACGGAAGCCAAGCAGGCCAUUCUCGCCAUUUCUUUGCAUACUAAUAAAAGAUAUAUUUGGUUCUGCACCCAAUAAAAUAUACCUAUCUCUCAAUGCUUCUCCUUGUUUAUCUUGAUAAUAACCUCCUCCAUUCUGAUCAUUGAUCCCCACUGCUCUUCUGUUUGCAACGUGUCAACACAUGCAUACAUAUAAUGAUAUUAAAUCCUACAGAGAUUACGUUAAGCUGGAGCUGUAACAUAUCCCCAGAAAAAAGCUUUCACUGAACCAUCAAACUGGCUUAACAGGGCUUUCCACAGCUUCCGUCCUUUAGAUUACGUCCUCUCCUUUGCAGUUGUAGGCAGCACAAAGAGGCACACACCUUCCAGCAGUUUAAAUGGCCAAAAAGUGACUAGCGCUUCGGCCAGUGUGUGGGUCUUUUCAGGUCAUUAGAAUGGAAGCUCAUUGAGCAGGGCCCUCAACCACUCUGUUAAUGUACGUCCAGUUGUCUGGUUACAGUUACAUGUCUGUUAGUCCACCCAUUGUACAGCUCUAUGGAAUCUGAAGGCUUUAUAUAAAUAAUAAAAUAAUAAAGACUUCAUAACCUACUGAUUGCUACAUAACUGAAAAUAUAAUUUAGAAAAAGAUCAGAUUAUUAUAUUUACGCAAGCUAAUCACUAAGCACAUUUAUUGUCUUGUAUGUUUCAGUGGGAUUUUACAAUUAUACACUAAAUAUUUUUUGAGUCGCAAACAAAAAAAAAAAAAAAAAAUGGACAAUAGAAAAUAAAUUCUGGAAAUGGCAAACUGGGUUCACAGUGGUUAAUGUUCCUCGAUAUUGGGAUGCUUGGUAGAAAGGAGAUUUUCCAAGCUUUUGUUUCUGUAUACGAGUUAAGCAUGAUGUCUUGAAAUAUUCAUGUGACCAAUCAUCGAGGUCCAUAUCUUUUAAAUUAGACAAGUUCUGACUUGUGACAAAAUUAAACGGUCAGGCCUUGCCUGGAGUGAUUUAUGAUGAUAUCCUGGGUUCCCCUGAUAGAGGAACACAAGGCACCAACCUAAAAUGGUGGUGGUACCUCAAACCUGGGACUGUUGGUGGCUAUUGGUGUCCUGUAUUCAAUGCAUUGUUAGAAUUGUCUACAUCCUAUACACACAUAGUUUAAGGACUGGUCAUCCAAAAAAAAGUAUAGCCUAUAAAAGUGUAGAGAAUUGACAGGGAUAUUCUCAAUUUGUGGCCAAAAUAUAAGCUGAAAUAAUGCUUUGUACUUUUUAUUUUUACUUUUUUUUUUUUUUAAAUGUAAUAUUUCUUUGUGCUCUAGUUAGAAAUAAAAGAUUAAAAAUACAUUUUGUAACAUAACAGCUAUAUUAACACAAGUUUCACUAUCUUGAAACAACAAUGCAUCUAGAACCACAGAGGGCAUUGUAACCUGAUUCUGUGUGCGCUGUUAUGCAUCUUACAAAGUGAGCGUGUGUGUAUGUUCGGUUCAUCACUUUUCCAAAAAGGUCCGCAUGCCAAUAUAUUGCACUAUAUCUCACUGUAUGCUUUUUUUUUUUUUUUAUUAUAAGUAUAGUGUAGUUCUAAAAUAUAUAUUAAUUUUAUACCACUGUAUUGUUGUUUUAUGAAAUUUCCUUUUAACUCUAUUCCAGGUCUAUUUCAUACCAGCCGCUUGACAUAGAUGUUACGGUUCGGUAUACUCAGGGAAGUUGGACAGGUCUUCUUGGGAAAGAUUUGAUUUCUCUUCCACAGGGAGUGAAUGGUUCCUAUCUGGUCAACAUUGCCUCUAUUUAUGAAUCUGAGAACUUCUUCAUGCCAUCAAUCAACUGGCAAGGGAUUCUGGGACUUGCGUACAACACACUGGCAAAGGUGGGAUGAUGUUCUUGCACAUCUACAGCAGUGUAUUCUCUAAACAGUGGUUUUUGAUUAUAAUAUUUAAGUUACCAAUUUUUAAUACUUUUUGAGACACCUGAAAUUCGAAUGGAUGUCAGGUCAGCCGAAUGUCGAUUCUAGAGUCUAUGCAGAACUAACCAAAAGAGUUUGAAAGUGUACUGCAAAAUUAUUUAUAUAUAUAUAUAUAUAUAUAUAUAUAUAUAUAUAUAUAUAUAUAUAUAUAUAUAUAUAUAUAUAUAUAUAAAAAGAGGGUUGGCACUCACCUGCACAUGCAUAAAUGGGGUGCUGGGCCAAAAAAAUAAUACACGCACUUGCAAGAUUUUAUUAUAAUUUAAUUAAAUAUGAUCAUACAUUGCAUAAGCCUGUCAAUGUACCCCAUCUUUGUCCUACACUAUAAUGUCUGCUCUUAUGAGAUUAAUUCCAUAGUACCUAAUGGAAAAUGGGGUACAUUGACGUUGUGGCAGGCUUAUGCAAUGUAUGAUCAUAUAAUGUAACUAAACCCCCAUUAUUUUUGCCUAGAUUAGGUGUUUUUAAAAAAACAAAUAAAAUCUUUCAACAUUGAAGUUGCUGUUUAGUGGAUAGGCGAGUGCGCUGGAUCUUGUGUAAUAUAUAUAUAUAUAUAUAUAUAUAUAUUUUUACUAAUAAGAGCAUUUUUCGCACCCCUUGGUUCACAGAUCAACUGAAAAAAAAAAAAAUGUACAACAGAAUAUUCCAACAUAGUCCUCCCCCUAAACACGUUUGACAUUGAGUGGUUUGGUCUACCAAACAACCUACCGCCCCAAAUUUGGUCAGGUUGCAAUCGGUCCGAAACUAUUAUUUAAGUCACCCCCUCUGUCCCCAUUGUCCCCACAUAUCCCAGCAGACCCCAGGUAAGUUAUCACACUGUUCUUAAACGGUUUGACUACUUACUCUGGGAGGGGAUCCUGGCACCAUAACUACUACACAGAGCUGUAGUGGUUACUGUGCAUGGAUUAUUUCUUUAAAUAAUAUACAAGUGCCCUUCCCGAGAUCAGGCUUUGGAUCCCCAACUGGGCCAGCCACAGCAAGACCAGCGCGACAUGGCAGAAAAGAUGAGUAAAAUAUUUUUUUACUGAAUAGACGUGGGCCCUAAGCAGCCACUUCAGCACUAUAGUGUCAGGAAUAUUCCUGACACUAUUGUGUUUAGUGUUCUUUUACAGAAAGUGUGAAGAUGCAAUAACAACAAUACUGCCUUUUAAGGGUAUUUAACCUUUUAACCUUUCAUAAAGAUACGAAGACUAGACUGGGUUUUUUUUUUUUUAAUUUAGAAAAAAAAAAAUAUAUAUUUUUUAUUUUUACAUUUUUGUCUGCUGAUUGGUUUAUUUUUUAUUUAGUUAAAUACUUUCUCACGUGUAUAUGUAGAAGAAGGUAUACAUUUUAAUGAAGCUGUUGUGUUGUGUGGUUCUAUAAGCACCUUUCACAUUAUACUGUUGAACAGUUGUUUUCUUUUCUGGGUUUUCUGGAUAAUGUUUUGUGUGUUUUUUGCCCUCGUAGCCCUCCAGCUCUGUGGAAACCUUUUUUGAUUCCUUGGUGAGUCAAGCAGAUAUUUCAGAUAUCUUCUCCAUGCAGAUGUGUGGGGCAGGUCUGCCCAUCACUGGAACUGGCAGAAAUGUCGGCAGCCUGGUAAGGAGAAAAUACCAUACUGGUUUUAAAUGUUCGUUGAAUAUCUGUUGUAGUGUAUUCUUUAUUGUUCUUGGUUUAAAAGUGCAAUCUUGCUUUUAUGUAUGAACCAUUUCCAUAGAAUAUGGUAAUUUAGCAACAAAUGGAAGUAUUUCAGUAAGCUAGAGAAUUAACUGAGCUUAAAUAUAAAUUAAUUAAAAACAUUUUAAAAAUACAGCCUUGCUAAAGUAAUUGGAUUUUAAAGGGAACCCACCUGGAAUAAAAAUUGUAAAAUAGCUGUAAAAUAUUUAUUCUGUUACAAGGUAAAAAAUAUUUAUUCUGUUACAAGGUAAGUGAACAAAAAAUGAUGGCAAAGUGUGAGUGCAAAGGGCACCCACAAAUGUGUCUAUGACCAGGUUCAUAACAGGCACCACAUAUACAAUGCUAAUUGCUAAAUUAUAGCAAAUUAAAAUUUGAUUGUCAACAUUUAGGCAAAAAUAGCCCAUCUGGUUGCAAACGUUUUCCAGAUCAGCUUUUUUUGCAAAAACUUUGCCAUUUAGAUUUUAACUUGCUGCAAUUUGAAGUUUAGCAAAUGACCCUUGUGCCAAGAAACCUGCGAUCAGAUUUAAAAAAAACAAAACUGACUUUAUACUUAAAGGGUUACUUAUAACCCCUUUAUCCAUAAUAACUGGGUUUUUUUUUUGGUUUUUUUAUUAUGCUCUAUUUGGUACUCCAAAUAUAUAAAAUUCCCCUCAUAUAAUAAUAAUAAUCUUUAAACUUACCUUAAAUCCAGCACUGGGUGAGGUCCUCUUGGCUUGUAUCCAUGCCCUGUCUGACAUUACACUGCAUCAUCAUAGUUCUAGUGAAAUGCUUUUCUACGAUUGGCCUGUUUUCAUGGCUCAAAGUUGGGCAAGGGAAGGAAGGCUUGCCUUUAAAGGGAACCUGCCACCACCUACCUUACUCUACACUCCAUUGCCACGAUUUCCUUACAGAGGUGGCACUUCUCUAACAUCCACCUAGAGUUCACCCUCGCUCAUUUUAUGUCCAUCAAUGAUUUGCUCUACAUGGGAAUGCUUCCCCAAACAGGGCAAACGUCAUCCACGACACCUAAUACUGGUUUCUGUGACAACAUGCUAGCAUCUGAAUAGAGUCAUGUCACUUACUCUGUUCCUAUACUCCCUGCCUAGCGCUUUGGACUGUCUAAGUCACGUGUGUUGGUGGGGCAACUAGACUCGGGCUCAAAAGAGCAGAUUUCUCUGUAUGCGCGGUGUUUUAAGUAGAAAUGCUCCACAUACAGAUUGCUAGGACGGUGAUCACUUCUAAAAGCAGAAAUGGCCGUGUUUGGACUAAUCUUUUUAAUAUUUACCCAUACAUUGUGGGUAGUCAUGACUUGCAUUGUAAGGUUGCAAGAAUGCACGUCCAUUCAUGGUAGACACUGGUACUUGUGGUUCAUAUCUGUAUGCUGACAAUUUAAGAAAAUUAUCUUCAUGAAAAAAUAAAAUUGUAUCUAUACAUUUACUAGCAUAAUGUAUCAGUAGAAUUCUUUGCUCUAUAAAGCAUGUGCAGGUAGUCCCCACGCUGGGACUAUAAAAACACCCUUCUCUCUGACAGCUUUUUUUUUAGUAUCUGAUGGCCUCCAUUUUCCCCAGAGUUACUACACCUUGGGCUGAGAUUAUUUGUGACUGAGUUUGCUGUUGAGAGUUAUCGAACUGUCUGUUUUUGUAUCUGACACAUCUUGUUUUUUUUUUUUUUGUUUUUUUUUACUAGUGUCUCUUAUAUCUAUGUCACCCUGUGUCCAUAAAUGGCGCAUGAUGUGUAUUCUUGUUAAUUGUUAAAUGGUUUGUGUGCUCUCGUGUCCCAAAUAUUUCUGUGGAUCCUGUUCAGCGCCAUCUGUUGGUUGUGAAGAUCUUGAAAUUGCUAUAUGCACUACCUGAAUAGCAAGGCUGGUUAAUUUGCAUAUUAAAAAUUCUGCAGGCAGAAGAGUUACUUGUUGGUUGUCUUCACCACCACUUUAUAAAUGUUAUAUAUUUUUUAUAAGUUCCUGCAUGUUUCCACAUAUGAUUUGGUUAUUUGUAUUAGAUUGCGUUUGUCACCAUUCGUUUUAUGUAAUACACAAAUGGGCUGGUCCGAAAUCAAAUUAAAGUAUUGUGUGUUAGCUGAUUUUGGAACCGUCUUCAAACCUGCUAGAUGGCUGCUUGGUCCCUGUAGCUUGGGACAAGUUUAAAAAAUAAAUAUAUAAAUAAAAAGCUAGAGCUGAAAGUCAGGAGUUGAUCAGAGUAUAGGCAGAGGUGUGGAUUCCUGCCUAGAAAAGGGGAAAAGGCAGAGGGGACAAUACUUGCCUAGAAGAAGAGAGCUUCAGCCUGGUUCGGUGAAAGCAUUCCUGAGAGACCCCAGUCAAGCUUUGGCAACUUGGUCUGAAGUGCUUCAGAGUCCCCUGCAGCAGCGAAGAAGCGAACUUGGUGGAGUAACUCUGUCGGAGUAUGGGAGGUCCGUCACAAAUAGUACUAUAUUCAAUUGAGGGGGGGUGUGGCCUGAAGUCCGACUAGCAUGGACGCGUGAAUCCCGAGCUCCUCGCCACCAAGCUACUAUAAGCCGUUUCCAGCCCAUUAGCUCACCCAAAUGGGACGCACCAGGAUACCGGAGAACCCGCAGACCCCAGGGCAGCACCGCCAGCAGGACCGAUGGACGGAUUUCUACAAACCCCGCUGGGACCGAGCCGCAAGGCACAUGAACCAAGAUGGCGCCCGUCUCCCCGGCUUCCUCCUGCUCGGAGCAGGAACAGCCCACACUGGCUGAUAUUGGGGCAGAGAUCAGGAGACUAGCAGCCAACAUGGUCACAAAAUCUGACCUGCAGUCCCUGACCGCCACCCUUACGGCAUCCCUCACAUCCGCAGUCACCGCACUACGCAUGGACAUAGACGCACAGGAUGGACGCAUCCAGGCCUUAGAAACCCAGGCCCAAGCCACACAGCACCAGGCCUCUGCCACAGAUACAGCCCUAACAAGGCAGGGCAACAUGCUACUGGCCCUGCGCAGACAGGUCGAGGACCUGGAUAACCGGAGUCGCCACUCUAACAUCCGGGUAAGGGGGGUCCGGGGCGGGAGGGGAUGGAGAAUGUUGAGGAGAUGCUGACCAAGCUCUUCCACCAGAUUCUGGGGAGCGACGUGCCACCAGACAUCCGCUUUGACCGGGCACACAGGGCGUUGCGACCCAGGAUUAGGGAUGGGGACCCCCGUGACAUUAUUUGCUGCUUACACUCAUUUCCCCUUAAAGAACGCAUAAUGCAGCAGGCCAGGACCCGACCCACAUGGCGGUAACAAGAGGCAGGGCCUCUGUUUAAUGACAUCUCACCUACCACAUUGGAGGCUAGGCGUGCCCUCAGACCCAUCACUACAGCACUAAGGGAACGCAAUAUUCCCUACAAGUGGGGUUUUCCAUUCAGCAUCCAAGUAUGACACCGCAACAAAUGGGUGGCGGCACGCUGGCCAGAAGAAAUACCACAUUUUCUCCAAAGGCUGGACCUGCCGCCCAAAGCAGUCCCGGACUGGAUACUGGAACCACUAUACUGGGAACCCAGAGACAACCAUGGAACCCACGGAGGGGCCCUAGAGAGGACCGGCCAUACGCUGCACCCCCACACCCAUCCAACCCAGAAGAAUAAAUGCAUGACAUGCAUUUCUUAUAGUUAACCUAUAUGCUAUCCACAGCGUGGAUAAAUGGAGAACCCGCCACUACCCCCACCCAAACCUGCAUCCCAUGAGCUAAGUAAUAAGUAACACGCUCUGAGGCAACACCCUGCCUAUGCCCCCCCCACCCCCCGGACCUACAUUUCACACGACAAGGACACUGGUCCUGGCUACCACUACCCGACCAAGAAUGACUGCAAUACCCCUGACCAAUACUUUAGUCAGACACACUAGACUAGCCAACCCCCCGACCAACAACACACCGCUCCAUAACCACAAAUUGACACAAGUCACCCUGCGGAAACCCAGACCCCAGAGACAACCACGGAACCCACGGAGGGGCCCUAGAGAGGACCGGGCAUACGCUGCACUCCCCACACCCAUCCGUGGUCACGUGAACCAGCCCUCCCAGGAGGGACUCUUGUCACCUAUCUCUAGGUGCCGCUACCGUCUCCCUCUGGAGACGAAGAAUCUAUCUUUUUCUUCCACACCCCCGCCCCACUUCACUUCUACCCCCCCUCUAUUCCUCUGCUUCACCCUCUCAACUCCUCUGUUCCUCCGCCCCCCACCCUUAAUACCCCCUCCCAUUGCCACAGUAACUGCAGAGCCUACACUGGGACGGGGUGCAACUCUGCAGCAGACUUCCCCUGGAAGGGUGAACAAACCGCUGAAGGCCCCUGCGAACCACUCACGCCAACCACAAAUGGCCUAUGAACCGGACCCCUUACGCAUUACGACCAUGAACUGCAGGGGCCUAAAUAUACCGGAGUGUAGGUCACAGCUCCUUCGAGACCUAUCCUCUAGACCCAUAUUGAUUGCUUUCCUACAGGAAACACAUUUUAAGGAAGGGAAUGACCCGCUGCAGAAAGGCAAACUCUAUCCCAGCGCGGCUUGUAGUAACCACCCGUAGGGCGGGAGUGGCGAUCCUCCUCCAUACUAAGCUACAGUUCCAGGAAACUGACCGAAUGGUUGACCUCAACGGCAGACACAUAUUCCUCAAAGGAGAUAUACAAGACCGAAGGUAUACAUUGGUGAUGAUCUACGUGCCGAAUAACAACUAAUCACAUUACAUUCGCAAAAACCUCUUCAGACUCCCCUCAUUCACAGAGGGCACGUUGAUCUUGGGCGGAAACCUCAACGUACUCCUCAUCCCCCUAACAGAUUCCUCCACGGGAUACAGUAGGGUCGCCCAAGGAGCCCUUCGUAGUAUACAGAAAUCACUCAAGAACCUUAGACCGGUAGACUGCUGGCACGCAAUGCACCCGGCAGACAGGGAAUACACUCACUACUCCGUGAUACAUAAGUGAUAUGCAAUUAUAUCUUUCUCCAACAGGAGCAACUUACCGCAAUCCAAAAAGUUGAAAUUGGAUCGGCAAACUGGUCGGACCAUGGACCAGUGACUCUACAAAUGGACUCUCCUAGGAUACGCCCAUCCACUUGUAUGUGGCGGCUCCGGGAUUCUCUACUCUUAGACCCAGUGGUGAGAGAGCGGGUCACCGAGGACCUCACUUAUUUCGCAUUAAACGCAACAGGCGAACUAACCGCGACAACGGUAUGGGAAGCACACAAGAGUGCUCAGAGGUACGCUGAUGCACUUGGCUUCUAAAGAGAAAAGGGAAUCCCAGAGACAGAUGACGGAACUAUUGACACUCAUAAAUGUCCUUGAAAUGCAACACAAACGCUCCCAACUUGAAGGGACAUAUAAGGAAUUAUUGGAAGCCUGAAGAUCACUACAUACACACAUGACAGCUCGAUACUACAGCUCACUACCAAAAUGUGAACAAAAGAGGGAGACUGUUGGCCAGGAUGAUCAGAGGUCCCCUGGGUAUGACCCAAGUCCAUAAGCUACGAACACAGAUGGCACGGUCACGCAGUUCCCAGACAGGAUAGCAUCGGAGUUUCGCUCGUUUUACACUUCACUGUAUAACAUUCCGAGGCCGACACUCCCGGAGGGGACAGCUGACAGACAUGACAAAAUACGGAGAUACGUCGAAUCCCACGUGGGGACACGACUACAACAAGGGGAGUCGGAGGUCCUGGAUACACCGAUCAUGGAAGUAGAGGUAGCGGGAGCAAUUAAAGCCGCAAAAACGUGCCGCGCACCGGGCCCUGGCGGCUUUACUCUUGACUACUAUAAGAAAUUCCAAACCAUAUUUCUCCCGAAACUCGCCAACGCAUUCAACGCCCUAGUGGAAGGCGCCCAGUUCUCACGAGUCCCUAGUGGCUACUAUAACAGUCUUUCUGAAACCGAGGAAGAAUCCCGAACUUUGCAGCAACUAUAGACCAAUCUCACUGCUGAAUGUGGAUGUGAAGCUUUUCACCAAGAUACUAUCCACUACAAUUGGGGGAAUACUCCCAAAAUUGGUCCACCCUGACCAGACUGGGUUCAUUCCCGGGAGAGAGGCAAGGGACAGCACUCUUAGGGUACAGUCCAUCCAUCACCUGGCGAAACGUUCGAAAGAUGAACUCCUACUAUUAUCAACAGAUGCGGAAAAAGCGUUCGACCGGGUGGACUGGACGUUCCUUAUGGCCAUGCUUCAAGAAUUGGGCUUAGGGGAGAACAUGAUGAAGUGGAUUGGUGUGCUGUACCAAUGCCCCAACGCGAAGGUGAGAGUGAACGGAGCGCUCACUGAGUCUUUUUUCCGAUCCAUAAUGGGACAAGACAGGGAUGCCCACUCUCUCCCAUGCUCUUCGCCCUGGCCCUCGAACCGUUCCUAGAGGCUGUACACAAAUCGGAUGAAAUCCCGGGCUUCAAAAGUGGUAAUACAGCACACACAGUGGCUGCAUAUGCAGAUGAUCUUUAUUCUUUAUUACAAAUCCAGAGACAACAAUGCCCCACCUGGUAACUAUGCUCAAAAACUAUGGGGAGGUCUCAGGAUUCAAACUUAACAUGAACAAAUGCGAAGUACUCAACAUUACUGUCCCGACAGCCCAAGCAGACGCAUUAAAAAAAACAAUUCCCAUUCCGAUGGUGCGCGAAUCACAUGCAAUACCUGGGAAUACCACUCACCAGAGACCUGGGAGACAUGUACCGCGCAAAACUUCUAACCACUGCUACGACGACUACAACAGGAUCUGAAGACAUGGGCUUACCCGCACAGAUCGUGGUUCGGCAGGAUUGUAAUCCUCAAAAUGAAUGUACUACCGCGGAUUUUUUAUUUAUACCAGACGAUCCCUCAAGCCCUGCUGACAGCAUACUUCACGUCACUCAGAUCCGCGAUGGUGAAAUUCGUUUGGAAUGGGAAACAGGCAAGGCUCCGACAGGACAUCCUAUGUCUGCCGCGAGCAUGGGGGGAACCCCGAUUUAUGCAAAUACCAUCAUGCGACAGUACUACAGCAUGUACUGGAGUGGCAUACUCAACCGGCACACAAACAAUGGAUUGACCUAGAUAAAUGCCAUAUAGGCCCCUCCUUUCUGGCAUCGGUGUGGAACUCAAAGAGACUCACGGGUGAUUCUUGAACCAACCUCUUCCGUAGUGCAGACACUGAAAGCAUGGGAUACUGUCAGAAGAACUCCGCACGUAUCUCCAACACCAAGCCCGAUGAUUCAGAUACAACAUAACCCUCAGAUAGGAGGGGGACUGCCACCGACAUCGUGGACUUUCCUUGGAGAGGGGGAUUCAUUCCCCAUCCACAGGAUACUAAACACAGGCAUGACCCCCCUGAGAGAACUGCUGGAGGGCAACCAACCCACUAGCCUACAAUCCUUUCGCUAUAUACAGCUCAGGUCCUACUAUCACACUCCCGAGCAAAGAAGCACUACAUCGGGACUUAUCGUGGUUUGAAACGCUCUGUGACCACAAGACUACCAUAGAUAAGACGAUAUCCCUUCUGUAUCAACACAUGCUAGUGGGACAUCUCACUAACAAUGACCAAUUCCGCCUACGCUGGGAACGCAUGCUGGACACAUCCUUCUCCGCUGCCCAAUGGGAUAAUGUCCUUAUUCUUCACCAUAAAUGAUCAUCGAGUUCCCAAUACCAAGAAACAAAUUACAAACUCUUAUCAUUUUGGUACAGAACACCUGACAGCAGGGCCGGCGCUUCCUAUAAGGCGAACUAGGCAGCCGCCUAGGGCGCCAUAUAGGAGGGGGCGCCCUGCGCCCCCAUCGCCGGCCCUUUAAAUUCUGCAGCCGCCUGAGCGCUCUAUGGAGAGCGCUCAGGCGGCUGCCGCAGUGCCUCACCUCCCCUGCCCUGCUGUAGCGUGGCCGAGCUCCACUGAGUGUGCACUUCCUGUCAGUCCGCCGGGUCGCGGACCGGAUAGGAGCUCGGCCACGCUACAGCAGGGCAGGGGAGGUGAGGAGAAGCUGGGGAGUGGGGGGGGAGAUGACGAUGAGGGGAGAUGACUAAUGGGAGGGAGGGGGGGAGAUGAUGAUGAUGGAAGAGAUGGAGGGAGAUGGAUGAUGGGGGGAGAUGGGAGGGGGAGAUGAUCAUUGGGAGGGAGGGGAGGAUGAUGAUGGAUGGAGGGAGGGGAGAUGACGAUGAUGGAGGGAGGGGGGGAGAUGAUGAUGAUGGGAGGGAGGGGGGGGAGAUGAUGAUGAUGGGGGGGGAGAUGGGAGGAGAUGAUGAUGGGGAGAUGGGACUGAUUGAGGGAGGGGGGGAUGAUGGGGAGAUGACUGAUCGAGGAGGGGAGGAGAUGAUGAUGAUGGAGGGGAGAUUGAUGGGGAGAUGAUCGAUGGAGGGGAGGAUGAUGAUGAUGAGGAGGAGAUGAUGGGGAGAUGGACAAAUGAUGGGGAUGAUUUGAUGGAGGAGGGGAGAUGAUGAUGGGGAGAUGGAGGGGAUGAUGGGAGAUGAUUGACGGGAGGGGGAGAUGAUGAUGAUGGGAGAUGGAGGGAGAUGAUGAUGGGGAGAUGAUUUGAUGGGAGGGUGGGGAGGAUGACUGAUUGGGGGAGACACUGAUGGGGAGAUGAUCGAUGGGAGGGGAGGGGGGGAGAAGAAGAGAAGGGAGGGGGGGAGAAGAAGAGAAGAUUAUAGGGGGAGAAGAAGAGAAGAUUACGGGGGAGAAGAAGUGAUUACAGGGGGGGGAGGGGAGAAGAUUAUGGGGGGAGGGGAGAAGAAGACAAAAUUACAGGGGGGAGAAGAAGCGGAGAACACAGGGAGGGGGGGAAUAAGAGGAAAACACGGGGGGAGAAGAAGAGGAGAACACGAGGGGUGGGAGAUGAGAAAGUAGGGGAGGGAGAGACCACUAAAGGAGGGAGGGGGCAGUGGAGAGACCGCUAAGGGAGGGGGGUGGAGGAUAGGGGAGGGUGGGGGGAGAGGAGAGACCACUAAUGGAAAGUCGGGGAGAAAAGGAGACCACUAAGGGAGGUGGGGGGAGAGGAGAGACCACUAAGGGGCAGGGGAGAUCUCUAAGGAAUGGAAGGGAGAGCUCUAUAGGACAGAGGGACAGGGAGCUCUUUCACACCACGCGCGCACACACACACACACACACACAAUGCAUCCCUAUACACACAGAAACACAACAUGCUUCCCUUACACACAGAGAAACACACAAUGCAAACCUUACACAUAAAGACAAUGCAUCCUUUGCACAUAUACACAGAACACACACAAUGCAUCCCUUACACACACAUGCAAACACACACUGUUUUUCUUACACACUCACACAGAAACACAAUGCAUCUCAACACACCCCUUACAGACACACAUACUGCAUCCCUUACAUACACAGAAACACACUUUGCAUCCCUUAUGCAUACAAACACAGAUUCACACAAUGCAUCCCUAACACACAACAAGAAACACACAAUACAUCCCUUAUACACAAACACUCACUGCUUUCUAUCCCUUACACAAACAACACUGCAUCACCUACACAAACUGGUAUCCCUAUACACUACAUUCCGUAAGCACACACAUUAGAUCCUCUACAGUAACACAUAACACAUCCCCUACACACUCUACUCCCUGUGAGUUCAUGGGUGGAACAUGUAGGUGGGCUUUAUGGGCAUACUCACCGUCAGGCCCUGGGGCCCAGACCUUGAGCUAUGUAAGAGGCCCCCAAAAAUGGAGCUGCUUCCCGUUCUCCCAGAACAUUGAAUUUUGUGACCACAGUUGCAAACAGCCUCCAGAGAUCCUGUUCCACACCAGACCAGAGGAGCCAGAUUGCAGCCAGAGCCCAUCACCAUCCUCAUCUGAUUGUAAGUAGGCAAUCUAGUAUAUUAUUCUUGGCACUAAUCUCUAAUUUACCUCACAUUAAAGAAACACUAUAGUCCCCAGAACCACUGCAGCUUAAUAAAGUUGUUGUGGUGUAUAUAGUUUGUCCCUGCAGGCUUUUUAAUGUAAACACACACUGUGUGCAGCACUGGCAUUAGUUCAUAUGGGUGGGGCAUUGCGAAGUUCCGGGGGGGAGGGGGGCGGCAAAUCUUUCUUUUGCCUAGGGCGGCAAAAAUCCUUGCACCGGCCCUGCCUGACAGCCUACACAGGAUCUUUCCAAAUGUACCUAACACAUGUUGGAGAUGUGGGGAAGAGCUGGGUACACCACUCAUUACGCCAUUUUGGGAAGAAGUAAAACAGAAGACAAAGGAAAUCUUGGGGACGGACGGAAAUUUUGACGCAGAGGCAGCUCUCCUACACUCCACACUAGUCAUCAUUGGGACGUACCAGAAAAACAUUCUUAGACACCUAUUGGACACUGCCAAAACACUAAUCCCGCUGCACUGGAAACAGACGGCUACCCCAACAAUAGGACUAUGGAUGGAGCGUGUGGAAGAUAUAUACAGAGCAGAAUCAACACAGGCCGCCCUUAUGGGUCUUGAUGAAAAACAUGUGGAGAGAUGGCUCCCGUGGGUGAUCUAUAUAGCGGAUCGAAACACGGACCGGAGCAAACGCCUGCAUGCCUGAAGAACCCUGCGCCCCCUCCUAGAUGGAGAACGAGACCUGAUACGACACACGGUAACCACAGGCAAUGGGCUCCCCUACCCCUCUACACACACCUCCCACUUCUUCUUUAUACCGCUCUCUCCUCCCCCCCCCAUCUUCUUCUCUUAUUUCUCACUUGUCUUUCAUCUAAGUUCUCCAACAAUGAUACAUAAGCUGACUGAAUAGCAGAAGCAGUUUAACUCAACCCGAGGUUACCAACGGACACACCACAUAUUCACGCCCAUACAUCUGGCCAGUGACGAACACCUCAACCACAACAUCAUGAAAUACAAACAGGGAAUACACAUAAACAGCUAAUGACCUCCAACCUAGGUCCGAUAGCCUUCACCAUCACAUAAGGGAUGAGGCCCAUGGGUGAAAAAGGGAUACUAAAUGUAACUGCACAGCCAAGGCAUCUAAUUACUUGGGGAGCGAUAUGGGGACACCCCCUGACAACUCCACCGGACACAAUAUGAGCAUUUGGCCAUUAAGGCCGCACACCUAAGCACACUUGAAAGCACGAGUACCCAAGACCUCAAAUAAUCUGCACAUCCCCCGUGCGGCAAAGUCUGAUGCCCAAAAAGUCAUGAUGAACACCUCAAAUAUGUCGAAUUCAGCAUACUGCUUAUAGUUUGACAAUCUGAGUCACAACCUGAAUAAUUUCGCUUGUUUUACACAUUUACUCUAAAUACUUGUAUAAUAGCCUACUACUGUUCAAACUGUUGAUCAUUCCAAUGUCACUGGGACCUGCGAGUCCGUUCUACUGUAUUUGACUUUUGCACCCAAUAAACAGCUUUGAGAACUAUAUUCAUUUGAGCUGUCUGCUCUAAAACUAAGAAACAUUGCAAUAUUGAAUUGAGUCUUUGUGUGAAGAUACAAAUGUUUCAAGUAAUUUUGGUGAUGUAUUUGAUUUCUGUGAUCUAUUCAUUAAUCACCUCUAGGCUACGACCAGUCCAAUAUGUACAUGGUGUGUCUUAUUGCUAUUUUAAUUUAUUUUUAGGUCAUGGGUGGAAUAGAAGAGCAUUUAUACAAAGGCGAUAUCUGGUACACCCCAAUCACGGAGGAGUGGUAUUAUCAGGUGGAAAUUCUCAAGUUCGAAGUUGGUAAUGUGAUCCUGAACCUGAAUUGUGUGGAGGUACAUUUACAUCCCUUGUUGUUUUGAUUUAUUUUUGCAGAUUAUAUGUUGUAACACAGUGUGUGUGUGUGUGAGAGAUAAUCACUUGCCACAAAGAAAGAAAGAAAUGGAUUCGUGGAAACUUGGCAUAACUAGAAACAGGAUAGUUUCUCACCAAAUAUACUUACAGUGCUGGAAAUUGUCACUUGGUUUAGCCCAUAGGGUUAUUAACAUCCUGAGAUGGUCCACUAUCCUGUUGAUGGACUGCCUUAUCCAGCAUCACUUGACUUGAUACCCUCUAAAACGGACUUAAAGAAUAGACCAAUUGGGGAAGGAGAUCCUUUACGUACCUUCACUGCUGUGGAUUUCCUGUUGAUACCUACACAAUUGAAUUAGAAUUGUUUGUUUUGUACAGGAGGGCUUUAAAUCCAAACACUGAUAUUCCAAAUUACCAUACCUGUGCACAGUUUGAUCAGUGAACCUUAAAGGUUAAGACCUUGUAGCCUUUGUACUCCUGCACAAAACAGCGUUAAAGAAAAACUUUAGUGUUCGGAAACUGUGUUAUUGUUGUCAGUAGUGUAUGCAUAUUUUUUAUUUUUAUUUUAUCUGUAACACUGAUUAAUCUAGUUGUUCACAAUUUUAUGGCAUUUGUUAAUAGUUCUCUUGUGUGGCCUUUUCAGUACAACUCCGAUAAAGCCAUCGUGGACAGUGGGACAACUCUCCUUCGCCUCCCAGAUAAGGUCUUCAGUGCUGUGGUGGAAGCCAUACUUCAAACUUCACUGGUGUGUAUACCUUUGGCAAAUACACUCAUGCACUGCAAACCAUGCACAAUGUGUCACUAAGUAGGUGCUGUCACCAAAUUAAACUGUGUAUCACUAGUUACUAAGUGAUCAGAAAGCUGUAGGUGUCCUUUAUAUGUAGAAUAAAGUGUAAAUGUGUAGGUUGGUGUCAACGCUCAUAAAAAAUGUUCACAAUGUAUAGCAGACAAUACAUUUUAUUGAAUUUGUGGUUUACUUUUAUAAAACACUUUUCUUGUGAACCACUGUUUUGUUCUAUAACAACAAUAAGAUAAAAUGUAUUUCCUUUGAGACAUCUGGUUGCCCUUUCUUUGUGCUUAUUAUUUAGGCAAUUCCUGCAUUUUAUUCUCAAUUGUCAAGAUUUGAUUGUCUAUGCCUCUGAUACUGAAUGUCUCAUUAUUCACUAAUUUUACAAGCCACUUGUUGAUCACCUAGUUAAAGCAGCUCUGUCACCUUCUGGGGCUUUGCAUAUUUUGCCAAGACCCCAGUUAGUGGCUGCUCUGCUUGCAGUGCGGUGGAUAAGAGAUGCUGGCAAAGGUAGUUUUUACUUACUCGAACCUGUACCUCAUGGCUGGCAUCAUCUACUGCCAUAUGGUAUCCUUCAGCACCUGGUGCUUCAUCUGUCAGCAGCCAUUGUUGGUGCUAAACUCUUGCGCAUGCACAAGUACAACAGAGCCAAAUAGAAAAUAUGCCUUCUCUUAUAAAUGAUGGUAGGGGGCCAGGAGAAAGAAGAACAUUUUAAGAAAAAAAUCUACAUGCUCUGUAAAGAAAUAAGGAAGAAUUUAGAUUUAAUACCAUAUUUUCACACAUCAAGUGACCUUAUAGAGGCUCCGUCACAUCCAAACUUACCUUUGCUCAAUUGAUUAUUCUUCUUUUAUUCCUGUCUCUCGAUCUGUUUUCUUUUCUUCUUAUCUCUUCUAUUAUUAUAAAAUACAUAAAGCUUUGCCUUGUGUAUUUUCCUCUGCUUGACAAAGGGUGGAGCUUAAAGGGACACUAUAGUCACCUGAACAACUUUAGCUUAAUGAAGCAGUUUUGGUGUAUAGAACAUGCCCCUGCAGGCUCACUGCUCAAUCCUCUGCCAUUUAGGAGUUACAUAGCUGAAAAGAGACUUGCGUCCAUCAAGUUCAGCCUUCCUCACAUUUGUUUUUUGCUGUUGAUCCAAAAGAAGGCAAAAAACCCAGUUUGAAGCACAACUUUGCAACAAGCUAGGAAAAAAUUCCUUCUUGACCCCAGAAUGGCAGUCAGAUUUAUCCUUGGAUCAAGCAGUUAUUACCCUACAUUGAAAGAUUAUAUAAUUGAAUAUUCUGUUUUUGCAAGUAUGCAUCUAGUAGCUGUUUGAACAUCUGUAUGGACUCUGAUAAAACCACUUCUUCAGGCAGAGAAUUCCACAUCCUUAUUAUUCUUACAGUAAAAAAACCUUUCCUUUGCCUUAGACAAAAUCUUCUUCCACACAAUGGUUUGUAUUGGCCCCAAAUAUAUUUGUAUAAUGUUAUUAUAUCCCCUCUCAGGCAACGUUUUUCUAAACUAAAUAGGUUUAAAUUUAACUUUUCUUCAUAGCUGAUAUGUUCCAUUCCUUUUAUUAAUUUUGUAGCCCGUCUCUGCAUUUUUUCUAGUGCCAUAAUAUCCUUCUAGAAACAGUGCAGAGGCGGGCUACAAAAUUAAUAAAAGGAAUGGAAAAUAUCAGCUAUGAAGAAAAGUUAACAAAUUUAAACCUAUUUAGUUUAGAAAAACGUUGCCUGGGAGGGGAUAUGAUAACAUUAUUUAAAUCCCUUUGUUUAUGAACCCUAGUCACACCUCCCUGCAUGUGACUUGCACAGCCUUCCAUAAACACUUCCUGUAAAGAGAGCCCUAUUUAGGCUUUCUUUAUUGCAAGUUCUGUUUAAUUAAGAUUUUCUUAUCCCCUGCUAUGUUAAUAGCUUGCUAGACCCUGCAAGAGCCUCCUGUAUAUGAUUAAAGUUCUAUUUAGAGAUUGAGAUACAAUUAUUUAAGGUAAAUUGCAUCUGUUUGAAAGUGAAACCAGUUUUUUUUUUUUUUCAUGCAGGCUCUGUCAAUCAUAGCCAGGGGAGGUGUGGCUAGGGCUGCAUAAACAGAAACAAAGUGAUUUAACUCCUAAAUGACAGUGCAUUGAGUAGUGAAAUUGCAGGGGAAUGAUCUAUACACUAAAACUGCUUUAUUUAGCUAAAGUAGUUUAGGUGACUAUAGUGUUCCUUUAAGACUUUGUCGAGUUUACCAUGAUGCUCACCUGUCCUCUAUGUACACCAGCAUUAAGCAUUGUGACUGUGGGCAUGCUCAGUCCACCCUGUGCAAAUUCGAUGUGCAGGGUGAACUGAGGAUACACAAGAACUGACAAAGCGUAGACAAAGGCAGAAACCCAACAUCGCUGCCAGACAUUAGAAGAUGGCUGUUACUGGAAUCAAAACCUGAUGGUGAAAAAAAGUACAAAAGUACAGGUAAAAAAGCAGUAUCCGAAAGAAGCAAAGCACACUUUUAGAGUGGGGGAGUGGAUUAAAAAAAAGAGCUGGCUUAACCUACUUAUUUAAAAAAUAAAUAAAAAAAAUCUAUAUAUAAUGUGCGUAUUAGUUGCUAAGCUGCAUUGCAAUUUGAAGCCAAAAAAAGAGGUCACGUAAUUUUAUCAGACUUUUUUUUGGUCAAUGGAAUGUUUGUGCUCCCACAAUGCACUGUAGUGACACAAUGGGUACAUUUUCUUUGGCAGAACCUGCUUAACACCACAGACAGGAUUCAUAUCAAUAGCUACAACAUGCAGAGCGGGAAACCAAUAUUAUUUCACUUACUGAUACCAAAGUACAAACACGUGUUGGUAUUUUCCAUCACUUAUUUUUUCUUUUUUUCUUCUAAUCUUUGAAAAAUAUUUUUUUAUCCUGUUGAGUCAGCAUUUGCAGUUUCCGUGUAAUUGUUUCGCUUGAAGGAAUAACUGGGAGGGAAAUAUUUAUUUUGUGAAAAUGAGCUGUGCGUAUGGCGUGCCUAUUAACUGCGUCGACAAAACUCUGAAUCUACGUGGCACAUUGAUGAAAGAAUUAACAAUAGGUGUACCUUGUUUGUUUGUUUUUUUUUUUUCUUUUAAAUUAGAUAAUCUGGCAUAUUGGUUUCUGUGUUCGUUAUCUACCAGUGUGAGAGUUCAGGGUGUAAAUUCAAAGUGAAUUCAUGCCAAAUGUAAGGUCAAAAUAGCCAAAUUUUAAAAAUUCUCGAAGUCUGCUAUUCUUUCAGUUAAGGUAUUCUGGCCUUAAAUUUAUACUUUAGUAAUUAACCCAGUGAGGGGUAUUUUUAUUUUUAUUUUUUCAUUAAACUUCAUGAACAGCGUAUUUGGCUUGUGCACUCAUUUUGACAAGAAACAGGCAGCUUGACACUGCUGUUAUAUUGGGGACGAAGGUUUCACGUUUCCCAUGACCACUUCACUUCUACAGGUUGAAAAGUGAUGUACGGUGUGAACAAUUGACAUGACGCGGGUGGGAAACUCAUCCUUAUCAAUAAGGCAAAUCCUUUAAGAUUCUCACCAUAAUUAUUGCAAUUUAUGCAUAUGCUAAAUACUGCAGGGCAUCACUUUUCAUAUAGAGCCAGGAACAUUUAGGAGCAGUGGUUCCAAGAAAGCACAGUGAAUCUGGUAAAGGCUUAAUGGGGGUGCAAGCUCAUAGAAUGAGCUGUAAUGGGCAAUUUAAGAUUUUAAGCGAAUUGAUGAUUUCAGGGUAUGUGUGAACCAUGAACCUUGUAUUUUAAGACCUUAAAAUAAAAGGACUAUUGGUUUAAUGCUAAGAAGAGACUUUGAAAAGGAAGAUCUCAUAACAAUUUUUUAUUUUUUUAUUUUUUUUAAAUUUCCGCUAAAUGUCUGAAGCCACGACUGGUCUUGUUUGCCUGUCACACUUGUUUAAUAAACCGAUUAAGUUCCAGAGCUGAUAUUUGUUUUGUAUUUUUACGAAUCCUUUUACUCAUUCUGCACAGUACACCUUUUUGUAAUGCUUGUCUUGAAUUGCAAUCUUUGGAGCCAAGUAACUUUUUCUCUGUACAGUUUUGGCUGGAGGCCUCUUUGUUUAAAAAAAAAUAUGAUUCUGGUACAAAUCUCUCAGACUUAUAGGUUAACAAAAAAAAAAAAACACGUUAACAUAGACUAACAGCAAAAUUAAUGGUGAUUUGCACUGCAGAGGAAAAAUGGUAAAUGUACCUUAACCUUAAGGCGUUUUAGGAAAAGCUAUAGACCUCAGAACCACUACAGCUUCUGGUUGUAGUGGUUCUAGUGUCUUUAGCAUGUCUUUGCAGGCUUUUCAAUGUAAACACUGCUUUGUCAGAGGAAUGCUCCCCAAAUUCAAUGCAUCUCUGAAUAGAUGCUCAUUAGCAAUGUGUUUUCUCACAGGUGCACAAAAGCCUCAAUGCUUUCCUAUGGGAAAGCAUUGGAUUGGCUGAGAUCAGGGCUCGAGUCCUGCAGGAACGCAUGGGAAUGGCGUUAUUGUACUUUUUCCAAAGCAGGAAUGCCGUUCCCGCUAGUGAUCCUGCAGGACCUGCCCUGCUACCUGCACACAGGGGCCAUCACACGCUGUGUUCCCUCUCCAGCUCUAAGUCUUGCGAGACUCGUGGCUGUCAGAGCAUUGCCAUGGGUUACCAUGGCAACGCUCCGCACAGGCGAGAGUUAGAGCUGGAAAGGGAACACAGCGUGUGAUGGUCCCUGUGUGCAGCGGCUGGCUCCCUCCACCGGACCACCAGGCGAUCUCCUGACAAGGUAAGAAGCAGGGAGGGGGGAAUAAAACAAAAAAAUCUAAACACAUAAGGUUAAAAAAAAAAAUGCUCCCACGCCAUCCAGCACACACACACCAUCCAGUACACCAUCCAACCCACACACACACACAUCCAACCCACACACACACACAUCCAACCCACACACACACACAUCCAACCCACACACACACCAUCCAACCCACACACACACACACACCAUCCAACCCAACCCACACACACACCAUCCAACCCACCCCCACACACACACACCAUCCACCCACACACACACACACACACCAUCCAACCCACACACACACACACACACCAUCCAACCCACACACACACACACACACCAUCCAACCCACACACACACACACACACCAUCCAACCCACACACACACACACACACACACCAUCCAACCCAUACUCUGCACUCACUACAAACACGCUGCAUUCAUUAUACACACACUGCACUGCAUUAUAUGCAUAAGAGUGUACACUUUUUUCCCCAGGACCCCUGGUUGAGAUGGUCAAGAUUGAUCUCAGCUAUGGAGACAGACCCAUUCUGAGCGUUACCACAGACCUAAACAUUUACUCCAGUGCUAUAGUGUUGGGAAUAAAAACAACAUAGUGUUCCUUUUAAUAUCAUGAUCAGAGCUUUCUCAUUAAAUCAUUAAUAAUUUAUGUAUUGGCCUCUCUUCUAGCUGGUAUCCAAUUAGAAAGCUGCUUAUUUUCUUUCUAUGAAAUGGAAACUAAAUAACAUUGCCCAGCAGCCUUUCUUACUGUAGAGAUUACAAUACUCUAAACGUGUCCUCUAUAUUGGCCACGUCUGAGGACCUGCCUUCCGGUUAAUGACUGAAUCUUUGUCUUUUGGUUUUCUUUUUAGAUACAGAAUUUCAAUGACGAUUUCUGGAAUGGGUUGCAGCUUGCCUGCUGGGAUUCAGGCGAAGAUCCCUGGGCCUAUUUUCCUGAUAUCUCCAUAUACCUUAGGGACAUGAAUGCCAGCAAAUCCUUUCGCAUUACUUUGAAACCACAGGUUGAUUUAUUUAUUUUAUGUUUGACAUUUUUAUGAGGGUAGAAAAAAAAUGACCUGGAAGUUGUUUUAAGCAGACUAUUUAUUUAUUGUGCAAUGAAUGACACGCAUAAGAACAUGUUUAAGGAGCCAGUAUUUGAUUUUUACAGAAGAAAGGUAUGUUUUAUAUAAAGGUAGUGUAAAUGGUCUAUAUGGGUUUUAUUUUUGUUCUUUGUAAACCAUUUUACUAAUGUGACACUAUACUCACCAGAACGACUACAACUUCAUGAUGUUGUUCUGGUGAGUAUAGUCCGUCCCUGCAGGCCUUUUUUUUUUUUUUUUUAGUGCAGUGUCUACAUUACAGCCUAGGAUACCUCCACUGGCCACUACUCAGAUGGCUGCUAGAGGUGCUUCCUGGGGCAGUGCUGCACAGUGUGACUGACAUUCAGUGUCUCCACACCCUGCGUGGAGACACUGAACUUUCCUCAUAGAGGUGCAUUAAUUCAAUAAGGAGAUGCUGAUUGGCCAGGGUUGUGUUUAACCUGUGCUGGCUCUGCCCUGAUCUGCCUCCUUGACAGACUCGGCAAAUCCAAUACUUUCCUAAGGGAACUAAUUCUGGUUGGCUGAGAGAAUCACUUCUGAUGAUGUCAGCCAAGAAUGCAGAUCAGGGGCAAAGGCAGCAGCAAACUGGAGUAAAGGUAAGAUGUUACUAUAUUUAAAGGGGCAAGGGAGGGUGGGGUGGGGACAUCUAAAUUGUGUUUUUAACAUAUAGAGUCAGGAAUAUGUUUUUUGUUUUUUUUUUUAACCUUUUUUAAUUAAAAACACAAAUGCAACAACUUCGUAACAAGUGCUCACAAUUGGAUGCAUGUUAAAGUAAAAGGGAGGAACAACAGAAGUAAUGCACAGAACUGGUGUAAAGUGUGACCGUAAAAUCUAAUGGGUGCAGGUGGAGGAAAAGAGAAAGAAACAUAGAAUGUGACGGCAGAUAAGAACAAUUCGGCCCAUUUAGUCUGCCCAAUUUUCUAAAUACUUUCAUUAGUCCCUAGUCUUAUCUUAUAGUUCGGAUAGCCUGAUGCCUAUCCCACGCAUGCUUAAACUCCUUUACUGUGUUAACCUCUACUACUUCAGCUGGAAGGCUAUUCCAUGCAUCCACUACCCUCUCAGUAAAGUAAUACUUCCUGAUAUUAUUUUUAAACCUUUGUCCCUCUAAUUUAAUUUAGAAAGGAACAGUUUAUAAAAAAAAAAAAACCUUGAUGGCACUGACAUAAAAGGACUACUAAAUCUCAGUGACGUGGUAUGGGUGCAGUGGUCCUGUCAUUUUAAUCCUUCAAUGUAAAACACUGCAGUGUUUCAGAAACGGUAAUGUAUACGUGGCAUAGUUAAAGGACCAUUAUAGGCACCCAGACCAGUUCAGCUCAAUGAAGUGGUCUGGGUGCCAGGUCCCUCUAGGGUUAACCCUGCCUGCUGUAAACAUAGCAGUUUCAGAGAAACUGCUUUGUUUACCUAUGGGUUAAUCCAGCCUCUAGUGGCUGUCUCAUUGACAGCCGCUAGAGGCGCUUCUGCGCUUCUCACUGUGAAAAUCAGUGAGAAGACACCAGCGUCCAUAGAGACUGUCUGCGCGCGCGGCUCUUGCAGCGCAUGCGCAUUCAGCCGAUGAUGGGGAAAGGAGGCGGAGAGUCCCCACCCCCGAGGUAAGGGAUUAACCCCUUCCUCACCCUAGAGCCCGGCCGGAGUGGGACCCUAAGGAUGGGGGGGACCUAGAGACCCUAUAGUGCGAGGAAAACUAGUAUGUUUGUUUGUUUUCCUGGCACUAGAGUGGUCCUUUAAAGAGACCUCUAAUGACUCUCUUCCUGACAUGCACUAGAGGUGCUUCCUCCCCAUGGACCAAAUAAAACUUAAAUACUGCUUCUAGUUCUACUUCUAAUCCAUUGCUUCUAUAUGAGAAGAAAUGGAUUGGAGCAGAUUGUGGGUGAUCUAGUUUUGGAUGCUGACAUCACUGAAGCUGGAAGCGUGGUGAGCAGAGUCGGCUCUAGACUUUGAGGCCCUAGACGAAAUUCAAGCAUGAGGACCUACUAACACCCAAAGUGUAAAAUAAUUGUGUUGUGUGGUGUGUGUGUGUGUGUGUGUGUGUGUGUGUGUGUGUGUGUGUGUGUGUGUGUGUGUGUGUGUGUGUGUGUGUGUAAGGAGCAUUCUCCAAAUUGAAAGGCGGGCUUGCAGCACUGGAUACAGAGAGUCAGUCUCUGCAUUCAUUGUUCAGAAGCUUGCAUUGUCACAGCUUCCUGUGCCCCUGCAUUGUGAGCUCUAGCUGUAGUUGUAGCAUAAUUUGCAAACAAAAUUAAUUGGCAAUAAAUAAAUGUAAUUUGCAAUUAUGCCAAUCGUUUAUACACAAUUGUGGGGAUGGUUGCAUAACCUGGAAGUCGUGUAUACAUAAGUACUGGUGUGAAGGGGUUAUUGAAAACGAGGCCCCAAACUGCACAAGGCCUUAUUCACCCUCCUAAACCGCCUAAUUGGAGAACCGCCUCUGGUGGUGAGUUAUGUUUAACUUCAUUUUACAUAGCAAAGGGGGUGGACAGAAUGGAACUUAUGGUCCCAAAAUAACUGUUUUUGGGACUAUAUGUUCCCUUUAACAGAAAUGUACUUUUAAUGAACAAACCGAGAAGUAACAUAUGGUUUCAAAUAUAAGGAGAAGCACUACUGUGUCUGUUGAGAAAUUAACCAUAAUAAAAAAAAUAUAUAUUUUGAAGACUAUGACUAAACUCUGAUACAGUCAUUCUAAAUUCUAUUUAUACAUUCUAUGAAAUUGAAGCUGGAUGUGACUUUAUGAGGCACGAGAACAUGCCGAGGUUGGUCUGUGUAACCUUUAACAUUAAUUUUGAAAUAACCAAAGUCUGUCCCAGUUUAGAAUUAUAUUUAUUUUUUGACAUAUUGGCAACUUGUACAUCUCUGAUCUCGAAUUACUUUAUCCUGUAGCUAUACAUUCAGCCAGCGGUGACAAUCCGUGAGAGCCUCAACUGCUUCCGAUUUGGAAUCUCUCAAUCCACCAACGCUUUGGUACUUGGAGCCAUUGUCAUGGAAGGUUUCUAUGUCAUCUUUGACCGAGCAGAGAAGAGAGUUGGCUUUGCUGUCAGCAGCUGUGCAGGUAGGAAUUAUGGUUCUAGUUAGCAAUGUAUUUAUCAGAAAACAUGGUUUCUGUUAGCAUAAGGUGUUUCUAAUGCUUAAUCUGUUAUACCUUAUCUGAUUCCAAGUUACUCAGCUUUUCCUCCUUCUUCCUACAAACCUAGUGGAAUGAUAAUGGCAUGUCAAAAUGUGUUAUCUCCGGUUUAUUCCAACACAUUGUCCAGAUCAAUGGGUAAAUGGUGGAUCGCUGGUUAUAUAUUUUUCUGGUGAUGGCAAAGUGAGUCAGAGAACUUGUCCAAGAACAUGCCAACAAAGUAAUGCUUAUAGAAAGCGUGGCUACAGACCAUAUGUGCAACACGAGGUCUGCCCUGCCUUUUCAGAGCUUCAUUUACUCAUAGCUUUAUCACAGGUUACAUACUGGGUAAAGGAGCAAGUCGACUAAUUUAAAUGUAAACCACGAUGUGAAUCUAAGUUACUGUCUCCACCUUCAUAAUUUGCCCUCCCAAUGUUGUCUCCUAUAUUACACUUCCUUCUACUUUUUAUAUUUGUUUAUAGUAAGAUAUCUGGGAAGCUGUCUUAAUUCCUGAUUACAAUACAUUUAAAGGGAAAAUAUAGUGCUCAGAAUACAAAGCUGUAUUUGUAGCACUGCACUUCGUUCUUCCCCCGUCCCCUUGUGGCCCCACCGACAGAGUGUAAGGGUUAAUAAAACCUUGCCGUAAUCACCCGAUUCAAACUCUCUCUUAAAGGUAUACUCUGGGUACCAACACAUGUUUUUUGCGUUUGAUAGGUUUUUGUCUCAUUCAUGUGUAUUUUUUUGUUUUGUUUUUUGUUUAACUUAAAUAUCUUUCUAAACAAAUCUAUUGCCAAAUGCUGUACCAUAAGCAUGCUUUUUUAGCCUUCCCCCUAUCCCAGUAAGCUAAACUGAAGCAGCCUGAAUUUCACAGACUACAAUCCUUUUGAGCAUUAAAAAAAAUAUAUUUUGACACUAAAACCAAAUGUGUGUUGGUUCUUCGAGUGUCAGUUCAAGACUGCUCAAACCUGAGCCCUUAACACCUCUUUCCUCUUUAUUUAAAUUACUUAAUUUUUGUUACUGAUUUGUAUCUUUUUUUUAUUUACUUUCUGUGCAUUGUUCUGCAAUAUUCUUCCUCUUUGAAAAGAAAAAGAUCUUGGAACAGAAGAACAAAUAACCACGAUGAGGUCAAUGAUUUCUUUAAAGGCUAUCCAAAUAAACAGGCCGGUUCUCAUCUUUCAGCACAGUCUGUUUCUUUGUGGAAACAAUGUGCGUUAUCUUUCCAGGAUGAGAAAAGUAAUGGCUCUAAACUGACAACGUCCCAAUAAAUUCUGUGAAUUGACCAGAAUACUUACAGAAAUCUAAAACCGACAGUCCUCCUAUACCAACAUUUAUGAAUUACAUGGGUUGUGGGUCAACUUAUUUGCAUUUUACACUGAAUUCGGAAAGCAUUUUUUUCCUAAUAAAAAUUUGCUUCCCUCACCGUCCGGCCCCUCUGCUCUUCAUUCAAUGCUUUCCAAUGGGGAUUCCAGUGACACUGGAAGUCCUCUUGCAUAGUGUGAGGAUGUCAGUGUCAUUUAGGUGACCAGAACUCCCUCUAGUGGCAGUCUGCUAGACCGCCACUAGAGAAGGAGUUAACCCUAGCAGUUAAUUAUUGUAGUUUUUAUUAAAAACUGCAAUAAUUACAUGGUCAGAGUUAAGGGUGAUGCGACACUGAACCCAGACCACUUCAAUGAGCUGAAGUGGCAUGGGUGCCUAUGGUGUCCCUUUAAGUGAAACCAAGUGGACAAAUGAUUUUCAUAGUACAUGAUAUGUUUCAUUUUUCUAAUAAACCCCCAAAGUAUCUUCCAAUAUCUGCAAAUAUUGUAGGACACUAUGGUUAACUUCUUCAGUGGCAGAUGGAAAAGAUGCAUCAAAUUUUUAAUGAUGAAUAUCACUGUAUUGCCUGCACGGGAGCAGCAAUCUUUUCUACUGCAGUACACUGGCUGGAAUAGUUGCUAACAGUCACUUCCGUGCAUUAAGCACUUUGUUUUUGUAUAAAAUAAACCGUAGGGACUCUAGCUUAGCACAUUUUAGCAAAUGUAAGUAGAAAAGCAAGCUCUCUUGUUUAUUGUAGAGUCAUGAGAGCCAACAGGUAAGUGUGAACCAGAGUGCAUUUAUCUGACAGUUCUUCGUUAAAUGAACACUCUUGGUGAUCUGUAGUGGUGAUGGUGCCUGGAGGAUUGUUGUUUUAAGUCAGUGGUUCCCAAACCAGUCUUUGUGGUCCAGUUACAGUCCAGGAUUUGUGCAUUUCAAUGUUCUAUACUAAUGGUGAUACUGACCAAUCAUGGAUUGGUUCUGGAUCAUGAGGACUGGUUUAGGAACCUUCUGGUUUUACAUCAGGCUAAUUGAGAAAUGUAACAAAUUUUACAAAAUGCACUGUUUAACCAAAUCUUUGAAACUCCUCUAUCUUGGAGCUUAUUUUGCUGCUUGCAAAUUCCAUUAUGAAAGUUCCACACUCAAUAGGAAAAAUACACCGUUCCUCAAUUUAAAAAAAUAAAUAAAUAAAUUUAAUCCGUAUACCACUUUAAACUUGAUAAAAUCUGAGCUGCUGGAGAAGUAAUAUACAGAAUCGAGGCAAGGAGAACCAUAUGGAAGUGUUUCUGUUUUGGUGUUCUGAGUGUAACACCAUAGUGAUAAAGGAGAACAAGAACGUGUGCACACUGUACAGAACAAUGGACAAACCUGCGUAGCUAUAGGGAGCAAAGGAACAUUUGGAUACGAUUUGAUACUAAUAGACUAUUUCUAUUGAAAGAAACUGCUUUAGAAUGCAUUAUAGGUAACUUUGUGGAAAUGUGGCAUUUAAAUACAUAUUUAAAAUUAGAAAAGAGGGGUAGCAUGAUUAGCCCUUAAAAUAGGUUGUCGAUUCUAAAGUUAAACUUCCAAUAUUCAACUUACAGCCUCUUUGCACUAUUCCUUCUCCAUACAGCCCAAUGUGAGUUAUGGAGGGGGUGCGUGACCAAGAAUUGGUAGCGAUAAGGAGCUGGCCUACUUCCCAUAGAAAAGGGUUAAAUCCCUCGGAAAUGUUUGCGUGCUACUCAAAAAGGCGGCAUGUGUGAGUGUGACUGGCAAGCACUGUGUCCAGCCCUGCCCAGGGUAGCCCCUAAAGCGAAUUGUGAUGUACUUUUGCAUGGGUCAAAGGCCCUGGUAUAACUUUAUAUGUUGCAUAUGGGGCUGACGAUGUGCUUUUUGGGGUGUUGUUGCUGUGUCACUGAGCCUGGGAUUUAAGGGAGAUAUGCUUAAAGAAACAAAGGACAACAACCGCUGAAUUUAUAAACCGCUCCAAAUAUACCACGAGCUUGGCUUCUGUAGCCUAAAUUAUGUAAUUUGGAUUUUAGUUCACUGCAGUUCGGUGUUUAGUGAAUGAACCCCAGGGCGUUCAAAACAGUUGGGGUUUUUUUGGGGGGGGAGGGGGUUAAAAGCGCACUCUUAUCUAUACUAGUGGGUCAGGCUGGUGUGCUUGAUAUUUUUCUUAAGAAACGCCACUGGGCAAAAAAUAGUAAAUAAAAAUCAAUUUAAAAAAAAUAAAUCCCGGUUUAGUAGCUAUAUAUCCUCAAUGAAUAUAUGCAUGCAUUUAAUUAUGAUUCAUUGGAGGUAUAAAUAAAACAUGUAAACGCUAUAGAUCUCUUGUCAGAAGCUUUGGCAAGCCCUCCCCUUCUAACACAGCCAAAACCUGCUGUAGCUCUCAGUAUAACUGCCACUAGAUGCGUGUUUAGCCUAGAAAAUUGCAAUGUUUUACAUUGAAGGGUUAGAAUGACAGGGCCACUGUACCCAGACCACGUUAUUGAGGUAAUUUUGUCUGGGUGAUUUCAAUGGUCCUUUAAGGAACAAAACAUAUUUACAAAUUGUCACGUUAUAUUUGUGCAGAAUAUAGAGUUGAAAAUUGGCUUUAUUUGGAUAUAUACAAAAUAUACAAAAACAUGUUAAAACUAGUGCCUGCAAAUUUUAAACGUUCCAGAAAAAAAACCUAUACUUGCAGAGCAACCAAUCUGUGUACGGUGCUCAACAUGCAUCACAUAGAAAAACAAAGCUAAAAAACAUGAGAAUUACUCUUGUUUUUUUUAAAAACAAAAAGGAGCAGUACAAGAUAUAAGGAUUAUAAAAGAUGAAAACUGUGGUCAAGCGGAUACUCUAAAAUGAUCAUGUGAGUGUUUAGGUUCCAUUUCCCUUACUAAUUCUGAAUUCUUGUAUAGCUGUUGAUCUUAACCCUAAAAUCUUAGAUUUGUUUCUUAAACCUGAAAUUCUAUCAUUUAAUGAUCAAUAGGGAACCCUAAGCCAUGAUUUUUAUUUUUUUAUUUUUUUUUAUACCCCAAGUCUAAAAUUAAUAUUCAGGAUAGAGAAAUAAAAACACAAAAUGUGAUCAUGAGGAAACAUGCGAAGUAAAACUAUCCUUUCUAUUAGGCUUCCAUAUAACACAUAGCUUUUCUCACAUAUACGAUCCCUCAUACGAGCUCUGAGGGGGCUCACAAGGGUAGAAAUUACUUGGAUGCAUAGGGACCACACAUGGGCGUCCACAGGGAAGGGCAAGGGCACCCCUCUGGAAUUUGCACAUGUACUUUAAAAAGAGCGGAUUGAGAAGGGGCCACCCGAUGGCCAUAUUUAAUCAAGGGCCUGGUCCGGUGCUGCGGCCAUUAAACGGCGUGACCGGGCCCCUGCUCUAUGUCAUACCGUGGUGCUGGGAGGAAGGGAGUACAACGCACUUUCUCUCAGCUUACCAAUGAGGUAUACAGAGAGGAAAGGAGGAAGAGCAUGGAGUCUGGACCCACCUCCAUCAGAUUUAGUCAGAUGACACUGGACCCCAGGAAAGCCACCCCUCCGCACCAAAGGGUGGCUAAAAAUGUGUGUGUUGUGUAUUUGUUUGUGUAAGUGUUAUAUGUGUGUGUGUCUCAUUUAUGUAUCUGUGUGUAAACUACUGCCACCUGUUGGUCAAUAGAAAGAAAAAAUUGGGCUGGGGAGUGUGUUUGUGUGUGUGUGUUUGUGUGUGUGGUGUGCUAGUUAAAGACAUAUAAUACUUGCUACUCCUGGUCUAUAUAGGGGAUUCUUUAGGGGGGGCAUCUUUGCACAGGGCCAUAUACUAAAGGUUUCCAAGGAAGAGAGGCCGAAUUCACUUGGGGUAGAGGGUAACACUCGAGUAAGCCAAAAAGAAAAUUUAUUUACGGUCUUUGUUCCUUUCCUGUCCCUAUAGGACAGGUUUAGUUAUUUUCUGACUGAGGGUAUUUAUGCCUUGUCUUUUUAUUAGGUUGUUGUCUAAUUAGGGAUAAGAAGGAGCUAGUGUGUGUGUGUUUGUGUCUGGCUGUGUGUGUCUGUAUGUGUGUUUGUGUCUGGCUGUGUGUCUGACUGUGUGUGUGUGUGCACAAUCUUUUCCCAUUCACUGUAUAAGAAAUUGUGUUUAUGCUAUCAAAUAAGGAACCAACUGCCUUGUAUAUUUGGGGCAAUGACGGAAAUGAGUAAAUCUCUGUAUAUUUUAGAAUAGUAUUUUCUUACUAAAUAACUUUCAACUAUAUAGUCCACUGUGGGUUGUGUUUUGAAAAUCCCUCUGUUUCUUUCUUGAUUUCUUUUUUUUUUUUUAAAGCCCUGUCAGUAUACACAUAUAUAAGCAUAUAUAUUAAUAAAUAUUAAGAAUAAACCUCAGACAGGGGACUGCUGAUUUAUUAGCAUCUCCCCAUUCACAUAAAUGAGUGAUCGGCUGACGCUCUCAGCCUCUCAGCGGCACUCUUGUCUGAGACCUCCUGUUUGAAGUUUCGGACUGCGGCAGAGCAGACGAGCGCCGGACAGAAGACUUUGGGUUUAAACUGUUUGUUAACAAUUUAACCCCUGAAGGUAACUCUGUGCUAGGGUCCUCAUGGCACCAUAACAACAUAAUGUUGAUGUUAUUGUGGUGCCCAGAUUGUUCCUUUAAUGUUGUCAGAUCUACAUCACCAACUAAAUACUUUAUAGAUUGUAAGUGCAGAUUGUAUAAUGAAGAUUAAUGGCAUUCUUCUCGCCUUUAAAUUCCUGAGCAUUGAGAUAAACUGUUGUUUGGUGCCAUCUAGUGGAUGUUGCUAAAAGUACCAGAGAGAGCGCUUCCGUCCAUCCUUCCUACCUACCUAGGAUCCUAAAUAAUCUAAGCACUUUAAAUCUAACGUUUAAUAGAUAUAGUUAAAAAAUUUAACCUUAAAUCUCAGGGAUACAAAGGAUAGGGAAAAUAUAUACAAGGGAUAACGAUAUAUACAAAAUGGUGCAUGCCUUUUACAAAGCUAGUCAAACAGGAAGAUACUUAGUCAUGAAGUAAUGACUAAAAGAAGUAACUAUCUUAAAGUAUCGUAGGAAAGGUAAUGAUCUCUUCAGUUACAAAGAUUAGAACAUAGAGGGAGAAAGGAGAGGUCACCUACAUGUCUAGUGAAAUUAAAUUGAACUUGUAGUGAGUUCCUUUCUCAAACCUCUAGUUACAGAUGAAAAUAAAGAAAAGUAGUUAUAGCAUAUGUUCUGUGGUAUACACAUAGUGUGUUAAAGCUUAGAAUUAUGAGGGUUAGCAAGAGAAAAUCGCUUGUGCUGAUCAGUAAGAGUCAUGCAGUGAAGCCCCAAUCUGUUAAUUGCAAUGUCUGCUUGGUACUAGAAGUUUUGCAUGAAUAUAUGCCAAUUUCUAACCGUUUAGCUAAAACCAUACAACUGGGCAUUCAAGGACACCUAAUACUAAACAGAGUUAAGAAUUAACAAAAGUACCGAUAACGAAGAUGCACAUUGGUAAUCCUGAAAAGUCAGCCCUAGUUCCAUUGCUGAGACUGUACAGGUGAUACAGGUGAUCCUUCUUUACAUCUGAAAGGUCCCCCCUCUCAAGGUUUUAGUAACCCAUUCGCUACAUGGAUGUGAAUAAUAGAAAGCAUUUUUUUAAUCUGGAAGUUCAUUCCUCCUGAUUUGGUAACUGAUUAAAACCUCCAUAUAAAUAAACCCCCAUUCUUAAUUUAUGUAGGAUUCCAUCUUUGAUGAAAUCAGGUGUGCAUUUGAUAUCAAACGCUGCAGCUUUACCAUUUGAAACUAUAAAAUAUAAGGAAGUCAUUUCCACAAGUAAUGCUCAUGAUCUACAUCUGCUUUUUCUAUUGCUUGUUCUAUUUGAUCUUGACACACAUAGACGUAAAAUGUAAUAUUGUUUCGUAAUUCUUUUUCUUCCAGAGGUUGAUGGAAUGACUGUCUCUUCUAUUUCGGGACCGUUCAGUACUCAGGAUGUUUCAAGCAACUGUAUCUCCAGAAACCCACUCAGGGAACCCAUUAUGUGGAUCAUAUCAUAUGCCCUCAUGACCUUUUGUGGCAUUAUACUCUUGGUACUCGUUAUUUUGCUGCUUCUUCCAAACAGACGCAACAGAGAUGACCCUGAAGUGGUCAAUGACGAAUCUUCUUUGGUGCGUCACCGCUGGAAAUGAUUUUCAGGGCUGGAAAAUAUGUGGGAUGAACUAAAAAAAACUGUCGAAAUGAGUUAUUAUACAGACAAUUAAGUAUCCUUGCAACAUGCUGUUUGGAUAUCCUAUUUUUACAUGUCAACGACCAAAGCCUUAAAGAAACAAGCCAUAUUGUGUUUACAAUGUGUUCUAUUUUCAGUAAACUUCCAAGAUGAAUCUUCGACUGUGCCAACAGAACAUAAUACUACUGCACUAGGCAGCCUUUCUUUAUCUUGAAACUAAAUGUGCCUUACCUUUCACAAGCUUUUUAAAGUCAUAAAUGUUGGAACCACUUUCCUGUCUUGGUGGAAUAGCUGUAAUGGCAUGAAGGACCAUUAAUUAACCACUAUGUGCACUUAAUGCGAUUUUUGAUUUCUUUUCAUACUGUUGUCUUUCAUAGUUUUCAUUCAUGUACUACUCAACAUUCCUAAUCAGGGAUACAACUUAAUAAACAAAAUAUCACCAAUUGGAAUGUGCUGUAUAAUUUAUAUUAAAGAGAAAAAAAUAAUAAUCUUGCAGUUAAGAAAUUGGCGUCCAUUUCUUGGUCACGUCUGUCAACUUCUUGGCCUUAGUAGAUAGCUGGUAUGAUAGCAUGGAUUUUCCCUAAAAGAGAAAGGUAGUGAUACAAAAAAGUUAUGAACUAAAUUAUUUUUUGCUGCCAUAUUUUUUUUUAACGUGCUGAGUUGCAACCUUAAGGUAUUUAGAACCAAUAUUGGCAAUGGACGUUUCCUGGAAGAAGCAGUUUUUUGCUUUAUUUGCGUAUACCAUAUUUGCUUAUUUUCCAUUAGGUAUGAACCAUCUCUCUGCUUUUAUAUUAACUUGCAAGAUAAAGCCUAAAAAUGGGUAUAUUUUUCUUCAAACAUAGAAUUCUUUUUCUCCAAUUUUCAAAAAAAACGAUAUCAUGCAUGAUCUGAUAGAAAAUGGCAAAAAGACUGCCCUCAAUAAUCUGACUUUGGUAGGUUUGGUCAAACGCUCCCCAGAAGAUUACAGCUAAGUACGUAAAGGAUGAUGGUAGAAAUGAUCCAUGUGUAUUCUAAAGCAUUGCUUGUUAACAUAUAGUUUAUUUCUAUAAGGUCAAAUAAUAAUUAUGUAAUACUAGAAUUGUGUUGCACAUCAUUGUUUAUUCCAGUUUUCAUUUGCGUUUUUAUAAGUCCCCAAAAUAAAUGUUUGAGGAGUGUCCAUAGCAAAGCAAUCUGUAUAUGUUGGUACUAAAGACAACUUGUUGGGUAUUGUAUAAAAUGUGUGUUCUAACUAAUAUACUAAAUAGAUCCCUUCUAUUCCUUGCUGCGUUGUUCUUACUGUGGCUAGGUUUUUAUUAACUAUUUAAUAAUGGUUAUUAAUGGUAAUGCUUGGAGAGUAUUUUUUUAUUUUGAUCCGAAACGAGUCUGCAAACACACAAGUCUUACAAAUACCAAUCGAACUUCAACAGCACAUCCAUGAAAAUGUUUACUUUUAAUAUUUUUCUAUUUCUGAAUAUAUUGUAAAUCCGUUUGUAGACAUUAAAAUUGUCUUCUUUAAUUCAU